GAUUUCGCUCGUUGUCUCUGUAGUAAACGCCGUUGUAUGACUUCUUGGUGACUGUGGAGGCUGGGUGGUGACAGCGUUUUACGAUGAUUGAACGAGCAGAAACUGCGGUCCCGAGCAUCGCUGUAAGUACUCAUAUUUAUUCGUAAUUAAUUUAUAAUCGACACCCAUACUGAAGUUUUCUAUAAAACGGGUUUAACAGCGGUGGCCGUUGCUGCUAGCACCGACCCCAUAUUCAGACAGCCCAUUGACAGAACUGCACACCAAAACCCAUUAUCAAUCUAUUCACUUUGAGGUUGUUUGGACUUUAAGCAAGAAAAAUCACUUAAUAAAACAUUGUUAAUACCUUAAACUAACUACCAUCGUCUACUGUAAAUUUCGGUUGGAGUUACAGGAGUGAAAUAUAUUCAAAUGCGCUAAAUAGCUUCCAAAUGUUUUAACUGAGUCACGUCUCCCAUUGCUUAGAGCGUUUAUGAAUCAGGAAUAAAUCUGUGCAAGGGAGCACGGGAUUCUGUCCAGUUGUUACCGUGUUAUCUUAGGUUUUCUCUUCGCAACUCAGAUUUUAAAUGGCAGUGUUUCCGUCCCAGCAAUGGUCUGUGGUCUGGCCAUGUACAGUAGGGAAAGGCAGGAGAAACGGUUAAUGGUUUUCUGUCUCAACACCGACCAUGUUUCUGUUUUCAGUCGAAGUAUGAAAUUGACCAAAUUCCUGGUAAUAAUAACCCCAGUGAGCUGUAAUCGUUUAGUCUAAUGGUUUAAGUAUUAGAGUCCAGAUUAUGUUUGCUCUACUGUGGCUAAUUCCUUAAACCAAUCUGAAAUAAAUUAAUCAAAACAUUGCAUGGUUGGCUUUUUUGCAGAUAUGACAGCAGCUGCUGAAGCACUUAAUUCAUCCCAAUUGUAAAAAGACACGCAUUAAUCUUUACCAGGUAAAAUUGGUUAGUAAAAUGAAUUAUAGAUGAACAGGGUUUGGUUUCACUCUCCAGAGGAUUCCACUUAGCAAGAUGAACCGUAGAGCUGACCCCAUCAAUAGACCAUAAUUCUAACCUAGAGGUUUUUAUUCUCUGACACUUCCAUUGAGAUGAGUGAUUUGCACCCCACUCAACACACCACAAUCUGGGUUUGUGUUGUAUCUGUCACACAGUCUGAGCUGACUGACAGCUAAAGGAUACACAGUGUGAACCUACUGGACAGAGAUGAUGACGAACAACAGAUGACUCAGUGUAUACUCAAUACUGAAUGAUUAAAGUGCUCAGAUAUUGCUUUCAAAAACGGGAUGUAUACAUUAACAGCAUCAUUAAAGGGAGAUACUUUAUAAAUGCAAGUUUGAACCAGCUGGGGGCCUCAGCAUCAGCUGCUGUAUGUAUGCCUGAAGUGGGUGGACUUGGUAAUACAGAUGAUGUCAGUGAACCAGGCAGCUACUAUCACCACUGUGUGGAGUGGGGGGAGGGGGUUACUUUAACAGUAUGGGUUGACUGGCUUUCCUUUUUCUCAUCUCUCACUAUGUCCCUUUAGUCCCCUGCCUGUUUCUCACUUGAUUAGUUGCUUUCUUUUGAAAAAGCCAUCACUAUAAUGCCUUUCAAAGGGAUUGCAGUACUAGGAAUAUGAAGUUAGGAAAAAUACAUGUAUUUCAAAGCUGUAAGUUUGUUACUCAAGCUCAUUUAUGUGCUACAGACAAGAGAUCCCUUUUUUAAAUAAGGGCUUUCGAUCUAUGCCAUGAGCAUGUUCACUGUAUGCUGAUGUGUUUGCUAACUUGUAUGCACAUGCUGUUUGAGUGAUGAAGUCAGUACUUGAUCCACAGCCUCCUUCCCACGCACUGAGACACACAGCUUUAUGUGAAUGAACACUGGCAGACUGUACUAAUGAUUUCCAGUGUUUUAUUACCUGUGCCACCUACAUCACACCUACUGGGGAAUCGACAGACCAUCAGAGCUGGCAUCUUAUGUAACACGUGCACACAAACUUGGAUGUGGGUGGAUCAAAUAUGGAAACAGUGGAAAGCGCUUCAGGCUGGUUCAGAGUAGUUAUGCCUGCUGUCGAGCUGCAUACAUCAGGAUAUUGAUCGGGCCGAUGGAUUGUUUCCCUUUAUUUUCCAGCAAUCUGCAUAUUUGUUACCUCGCUAGUGAUGCUGGUGUCUAAGCUGUAAGUUUUCUGAAUGUCAGACUUAAUGUCAAAAAUGUGAAUGAUGCAGUAAAGUGAGGUUGUCAAAAUAAAGUUUGGACCAAUACCAGGUAUUACAAAUCAGUACUGAAUAUCGAGGUGACACUUGGAACUGAAACAACCCUGUGUUGAUACUCCAUGUGUAUUACAAGUUCACUUUUAGCAUUUUCUGCAUCUCACCACAGGAGGAGGGGCAGUUAAUGUUAGGCAGUUGCUCUUUAGCUGCUUUGCUGUUAUCUUAAACCCAGAUGAUGAGACCACCAAAUAACUGCAGCUUGUUUUAAUGGCAUGCAGCUACGGUCUGACACUGGCACACUACUGAUAAGCUGAUGUGAUGUAUCACAUAUACAAUAGAACAGGUCAUCAACAUCCAAUCAGCAGGCUGGUCCACUGGUUCAUGUUGUGUUUUGUACCCUUGGAAAGGUGUAUUUGUGAGGUGUUGAAAUGUUUUUUCCAUGUCAUAAAUCUGUGGAUUUGCCUUUUAGAUUUGGCUCUGUGAGGCAAAUAAGUCCCACAGGAUAAUCAGAUCAUGUGCAUAUUGUGCAGGUAUGCUUUUAGAAGAUCAUUUGCUGUUGUCAUCAGCAGUGGACAUGUUGCUUUUCUCUCUCUCAAGGGGAGCAGAGGUUUGCUAUGAAUAAAUGACUAACUAAGUGACAGGCACAUGUCUCCCUGAACAUUGACAGUCUGACAUGUCCACCUUGCUAAAACUGUGGCCUUGUGCACCACUGACCUACAUGAAAACCUGAACGAAGGGAAAUUCUAAUAUCGUGAUGAAAAGUAUUGACAAAAAUAAUGAACAGUUUUAUAAGAUCACUCACCGAGUUUGGCUGUUUCUGAGCCUGCAGUCAGGGAAAGUGUGGUUGCUAUGGUUUCACAGAGCCCUUAUGAGGAGGAUACACUUUUACCUGGGAUAAGCUAUUUGUUAGCAUUUUAAAUCCAAUACCACAAAUGAGCUAAAUCAACUCUGGUGCCUCUAUGCCCGGGGAUAUGAUUAUUCUCCGAAUUUGACCAGGUCAGAGGGUCAGCUGCAGGUCCUGCUGUUACAGUAGACCCACGAGCACAGAGCUGCACUUGUCCAUCUGUUCCACGCAUGACAGAGUCUGAGAGGCUGCUCACAUCAAAGCAGGAUGGCCAGCAAUCAAUUGUAUUUGCCACAUGUAGCGUGCAGGACCAUGCACAGGGAUUGGAGGAGGGUGGUUAUCUCACAACAUGCAGGGUGUUAGAGGGAGGCAGAGGGAGAUGGAGAGGGGAGAGAGGGAUGAGGAGAAAACUUUCAGUAAAUAGAGAGAGCAGCUGGAGAGGCUGGCGUGGCAGUGAUCUGGUCCGAGAGCGGCUUCCUCCACCAUGAUCCAACACGUAGGGCCAUGUUGCUUGUUUCUGUUGCCUUGUUUAUUUCCUUCUCUGCAUCAUUUAGUGUCUUAAAAUGCUUUUCUGUUUCAGUUGGCUUGUUGGAUGGAGUCUUCCUGGCCUGUCAUCACUUCCUCUUUCCUCCCUGUUAUUUCUCUUUGGGAGGCUGCCUCCCUUUACCUCGCUUCCCCUUUAAAACACCUUUCUUUUUCCUCUCCUGUAUUUAUCUCAGCUGCACUUCACUUCAAAGAGGUUUCAUCCCUGCAGGACACACACAUACUAAUUGUACGCUCACGACUGUGUGUCUAAGUGCAGCUCAGAAUUUUAUCGCUGUGUAUGUGUUUACACACUUGUAAACUACCAUGGUAACCACAUUUGUGUGUUUGCCUACUUGCACCUUUUGUGUUAACAAGGGCUUAUCUUCUGUUUAUGCUAUUACAGACCUGUAUUCUUUGGCUAAGUUUCAAAUUUGAGUUUGACAGCUUUUGUGGUAUUACUUAUUUAUGCUGUAUGAAUACUGAACUAACAAAGAACACCUGUGUGUGUUUUUCCUUCAGCAGCUGAACCUGGAUGGCUAUGUCGGCUUUGCCAACCUCCCCAACCAGGUGUAUAGGAAGGCAGUCAAAAGAGGAUUUGAUUUCACGCUAAUGGUUGUGGGUAAGUUUGAAGCGCAAACAUUUCAGGAACUGGCGAUGAUGCUCAUGAGUGUGUGUCCUCCUGUUUAUGUCAGCGUGUUUGUGUAUGUGUGUGUGUGUGUGUGCUCACCUGUUGCCUGCCUGUCCAUCUACGUCCUCUCACCAGAGUGUGUUUUCAUUUUUGUGUGAUUGUGGGUUAUCAGUGCAGGUUAAAAGGAGUGAAGCAUUUGCUGCACCCAUCACACUCAGCUGCUCAGGAUGACAAGCUGACAGUUUAAAAAAGCGGUUUGUGACGCAUCGGGUGGCCUGGCAGUUUGAACAUCUGCACUGUUUUUCAGCUGGGAGGAAUGUGCACAAUUUUGUUUUUUUGUGACAGCUGGAUUCCUACAGUGGGGGAUUGGGAAUGUCCCUGAAGCUCCAGGGAACGCAAAACACUUCUGUAUGUUUCAGAUUAUUUAAUUAAGACGGUGAGCUGCAGGAUGUAUGAUCAGGUACAACUGAUCAUACGGGGUCAAAAGGAGGGAUGUGGAUGGACAGAGGGGUUAGGAGUUUGCCCGCCUAAAAGGACGUUCACACAUUAGCGCUGCACGAUUUGAUGAAAAUGUACUGUUGUGUUGUACUCACUGUUUUGAAAUAUAUAUUUAUGGAUUUGAAACGUACAAAUAUAGGCCAAAAAAAGAAAUAAUGAAGAGGGGAUCUUCUGAAUAUGAACCAAGUGAUCAGCAAAGACUUACUGGGGAUGUCUAUCAAUGCAAAGUGUGAGCAUUUGUCAUCAGAGCUUUCUAUGUAUAGUCUGAUCACACAGAAGCAGUGUUGUUUUCGUUGACGAUGAUGUUGACGAUGAUGUUGACUAAAAUAUUUCGUCAUCGUCAACAAAAACAACACUGCAGAAUAUAUCUUUCGCGUUUGACUGACGAAAUGCUCAUGAAUUUUGCAACUCUGUUCGUCGUCCACCACUAACGUUUUCGUCUAGUCUUGUCUCGGCAACGUAAACACACAUUCGUCUCGUCACAUUUUAGUCAUCUAAGACUUAUGUAUAGCUCGUCAACGUCACAUCUUCGUUGUGAAAACACUGCACAGAAGUAUGCUAAAACUAGAGGUAAAUAACCCCUGAGACUUUGUCAUUAUGCUCUGCUGUAGCUUUAAUUGGUUUUUAUGGCCUUUGGCAGUCUCUUUGUGUCUUUACUUGCAUGGGCUCUUCCAUUGUAGGUAAUUAUCAUACUUUUCUUUGUGCCAUCUUAGAUGUUGGUACAUAUUAGUUGCAAGUUCUGCACAAAUUCUUUUUUAUGCGAACCUGCUUGCAUGUCACGCCGCUGUUCGUUUUGUCUGUUCCAUGUUGGUCACUGUGCGCCCUGCUCGCUGGACAGCGAUGUGAACAGAUGAACAUGUCCAAACACGCACACACACACUAUCAGAGCAGCUAAUUGGCAAAUCCAGACAGACUCCAAACAAUCAGAGGAGGUGCGGGGUUGUAAUGUUUACCACACACAUGCACAUUUAUUCAAAUAGCAGAUUGCUUCCUGCAUUCACAUAAAUGCACACACUGGCAUUGCAAUUGCAGCUGUCAUUGGAUUAAUCGUGCUGCACCACCACAUAUUCAUAAGUAGUGUUGAGUGGGAAGCAUGGGUUUUGAUGGUGCACUGUAGCCACUGUUUAUUGGUCACUUGCGUCUCAGUGCACACUUUUAUUUGGCUAGUUUUUAUCCCUGAAAACCAAACUUUUGACUUUUUCAUUUACCUAAACAAAUCAGCAUUUUACCAUUUUUUGGAGCUUUAAGUUGGAGUUUAGUCAAAGGAGGUUGGAGAUAUAAAAAAUGCUGUUUGUUGAUUAAACCAUAAAUAUUAUUGCUAAUUAUCUACAGCCUACAGAUUCCCGGGUUGGGUCGUAAGCUGCAGGCUGUGGUCUCACAUGGGCACCUUAUUGACAUAUUGAGCUGUGCUCUGUGUUAAUGGGACCUCCGGUGGGAAUGAAAUAUUAUGGAUUGAACUGCAGAGAGAGAUACUGUAGAGCUGUUUAGUGGUCAAACAUAUGAUUGAGCUUCACAUUUUCAUUUGAUACUUUGCCCUGGGUAUAAAAUGUGCACAUUGCAGCUGUGUGAUUACAAAGUUUGAUGAUGAAUUAGGUCUUUGUGUGCGACUUUUACAGACACUCCGGUAUUUAAUGUUUGUGACUCAACCAGACUAAAUGCCUUUCAAUCAGCAGAUUGAUAUUAAUCCUCUUGUCUCACUCUCAAUGAGAGAACAAACAAGUAUUUUAGCUCAAAUGCCACAAAACUUUCCCUUUCAGUCUAGAACUUCCACAUAAAAACAAAGUGGCAUCCAGGCUUCCUAUUUCAGCCUGAGAUUCGAGCUUCCUGUGCAGUAAAUAGCCACUGUGAGAGAGUAGAAGUUGGCAGACAAAGAUAGCAGAGUAAUGGCUGGGGAGAGAAAUCCACAAUCAACUGGAUCCUGCCUCAGGCUGUCUCACAUAUGGGCCCCUCUUUCUCUCUUCUCAGUUUGGCUCCGUCCUGCAAGCCCCAGCUGAUCCAAAUUUUGCUUCUAACAAUUGAAGGAGGUUAGCAGUACUAAAGAUGAGGAUAAGAGGAGGGGCUCUUGAAUGGAAGACCACUAUAUGCUCUCAGCUAUGAAAGCUGUGAGGAAGUAACUGUACUAUGACUGUUUUUUCCUGAUAUAGACAAGAAGCCGAGUUUUCUUUUAGAAUAAUUCCCUGGUUGGGGUUGAAUAUUUUUAAAUUUAAAUUUGACUGUUUCAUUAAAAGCUAAACAGUAAUUUUAUGGAAAAAAAUGAGUCUGACUUUCGGCAGUGGUGAGAUGACAUCAUUCCCCUUCCAUUUACUAAAACAGACAUUUAACCUCACAAAUAAAACUGGCCAAAUCUGUGGGCACGGUAAAGCCCACAGUGGAACAGAUUUCUGUCUGCACUUGACACUCACGGUUAUGGAAAGUUCAAUGGCUGCUGAAGUGUUUGUCACGUUUACUCUUCCCGUUUCUCCUCUUGCUGACUUAAAAAGAGAACUGCAGGUGCCUCUGUUUGUUACUAGAACUGUCAAUCAUGAUGCCACACUCUCUAUUUUUUAGUUUCACCAAACAAACAUGCGGAUCAGUAAGUUGCACUGGUCGCUGUCAGUCUUAAGGGUUUGAACUGCGCACCUGUGUAAAACCUUUUACAGCUAUUAACAAAGUCCACAAUGUUCAGGUUCUGUGCAACUGUGAAGCUAUUUUUAGUAACAUCUAUCUUUACUAUCCCGCCCGCCUUUUUUUCCAAUGCAUAUUAACUAGCUAACUAUGAGCUGGUGUAAAAAGUCUUUUUUUCAUUUUGUUUCGAGCAUGCUUUGGCAGCAAAGCCUCUCCUGAUUUAUAAUAUACCUUGACACGAUCAAAUACUUAUUUCUGCUUUUAUACAGAUGCAUCUAGGCCUGGGCGAUUUGGCAAAAAAACUGAUCAUGAUAUAUUUUGUCAUAUCGUGUCAUUUGUCAUAUUUUGUCAUACCACAAUUUUUUUUUCAAACUGCUAGUUUUAAAGCAUAAAAUAUAAAGGAAACAGUGGAGUAAACUCAAACUCUUGUACUUUUUCAACCAGAAUUAACAAUAAAUUGUGAGAUUUUAUACAUUUGGCUAUGGCCACCAAUGAAAUGGAGUGAUGGCAUGGAGAAAAAAAAACACAGACCAGUGAGGAAGAGAGACAGAAAAGCUGAUUAUAUUCUGUUAUGAGAAGGAGCCAGCUGGAUGUACACCAUGAGACAAGCUGAAGGCUGGCAACAGCUCUGCUUUAUUUGGCAUUGUAAUGAGGUGAGAGCUUGGCUCUGCCGUGGGGCCCAGUAUUGUCCUGUAGUAGAUUUGGAAAAGACAGAUGGUGCAGUGUGAGCUGACUGAGUGAUGCCUGCAGGUAACUCGUUCAAAUUCUAACAGCGGUUCCUGUAGAAGUGGCUCUUGUAGCCAGAACUUGAUGGCAGGAUGGGCUCACUUUUGAUAGCUCUAUAAACCAUUGCUGCCUGGUCCUUUUGGCAGCCUUUGAGCUCAGCGAAAAUUUAAAAGUUCAGAAUUUUCUGCUGCGACUAUGAUCAGCAGAGAUUAAGGAAAAAAGAUUGUUGAAUAAACUUUCCAUAUGUCCUGAGAAAAACUUUUAUUUCGUUGAAUUUCUGGCAAACAGGGAUGCAUUUUUACACUUGUGAUAAAUGAGCAAGAAAAAGUCUACUUUAGGGCCAAUCACGCUGUCAAAUAUGAUCCUGAUCUGAGUCUAAUUUGGAGAGGCUGUUGUUAGUGUAAGCAGUGCAGGGAAAGAGAAAUAACAGAGGUCUGACUGGAUGAAACGUGAACUCUAAUAAGUCUCAUCGUGAGAUACUACGGAUUAACAGAUUGUAAUAAAAAUCCAGGUGUAAAGGAGUAGUUUUAUUACGACAGGCUGUGUGGGAAACAGUUUUAUUGUAACCAAACUUCAUAUGAUGAACGCUUUUGCAAAUGAUUUAAUAUCAUUACUCUAUAAAUCAUAUUUACUUUAAUAUGGGUUCAAGACAAAUACAUAUAUAUUUAUAAAUCCCUUGCAGGGACAGCUGUGGCUCAGUGGUCGAGGGAAGAUAGGCGGCUCAAUCCCAGCUCUCACAUGUCAAAGUGUCCUUUGGCAAAGUGGUUUAAAUGGGUGAAUGUGACAAGCAGUGUAAAACACUUUUAGUUAGGGGUGUCCCAAUACAACUUUUUUACCUCUGAUACAAUACCGAUAUUGUCGCCUUCAAUAUUGGCCGAUACCAAUAUUGAUCUGAUAUUAGCACAAACUUGUGCAAGACAAGUUUUGCACUUAGCUGCAAUGUCUUUUUCGGACUUUAAUGAAAAACACUGCCACAGGGCCGACAUCAACUCAUUGGUGCUUUGUUAGUACCUUAGUACACACUGUUGUUGUCAUUAUGUGGGCUCUACAUGCUGGAUCUGGGUGCUGCUAGAUAGAGGUGCCGGAAUGGAGUCUGGAAUGGACUGCCUGAAUCAGAGUGCUGAUAUCGAAGAUUUUGAUGCAGGCUGAUAUAAUCUGAUAUUCAAUUUUUGAUGAUAUCAAUAUCGUGUCGGGACACCCCUAUGUUUAGUUGUCAAAAAUGACUGCAAAACCACUACCUAAGUAUAAGUUCAGAAGCCAAUUUACAUGGGCAGCAGACUUGAUUCACCUCACAAUUUGUGAUGAACAAUAAUGAUAGUAUAACCUUAUAAACUUUAACUAACGAGCACAGUUGACUCAUCAUCGUCAUCAUCCAUUUCAAAUGUGGAUCAAAGCUCUUUCUGUUAUCCAUGUCACCAGCUUUGAAACAGAAACUUCUAUAAGAAGAGCUUCCCCCGUAGAAUAGUUUUGUGAUGCUUCUAAUGAGACAUUUGCACUGCUUUGUGGUGAAGUAGCUUUGUUUUCUAUAUCAUUCAGCCAUCCUUUAUAGUAAUGCAACUGAAUGAAGACAGCUAAAGACAGUCCAGAGAGGAUCGUGUUGAUUUCAUUAGCACCAUCCAAGAACCUCUAGCUUGCAUGUUCUCAUCAAUCUUUGAAAAUCAUAUUAAUAGUGUCCGGCCUCCUCUCUGAGGUGGCAACCAGCGCAAAUAACCACUAACACCUCUAACUGAGCAUCAGUUACUUUCAUUGUGUUACUAAGUGCUUAUUUUUAGCAUGAUAAUUAUAUACAGUAUAUUCACAUUAAUCAUGAUCCUCAGUGCAGGUAUAUUGUGACACUCUUAGCUCAGCAUUUUUAUCUCCACGCCCAUUUUUAUGAGUAAUACUUAUGUUGGCCAUAUUUCCACCAUGAAUCCAGAAAAAUCAAGUUUUUUCAUCCACCACCAGUGGACAGGCAUGAAUCUGAGGGUAGCUGACAGCUGAAGCUUCCUCUGACUACAUCAAACAGUGUGAAAGCAUGCGUGGUAUGCCAAGGCAUCUAUUGAGUAGGAAAGUGUACACUGUGUUUAGUGUGGAGGCGUUGUGUGUUUACAUAAAAAGAAUUUAUCACAUUUAUUGUGAUAAAACUGAGCUUCCGGUGUGUUUGUUGCUCUUAUUUCCGUUUUCCAGGAAAGUUGUUGAACCGUGUUCCUGAUGCCUUGUUGCCAGAAGAGCAUGUGGUUCGACUUUGUUGCUGCAUUUGACUGCUCUUCUGGUAGAUUUCUUCUUUAGUUUCUCUUUUCUUCCAUCCAAGUCUUCAAUCCAUCUCUCGCUCUCUCUGGGGGAAAGAGCUGCUUCCUGGUUCUUUUGUCCAACUGGCAGACUGAAUAGAAACUCCUGGAAGGAUCAGCGAGAUCCAGCAGAAGUGCAGAGAGCUGAAUCGGGCUGAGGGUCAGAUGAAAACUGAAGGGGGCUGGGUGGAGAGAGGAAGCGAUGUCGGCUUCAUGCUGUGUCUGAUGUUUAACAAGGCCAGUUCUUCACAGCCCUGUGGCCUCUCUUUCCUAAAGCCACUCAGGAGGAGAGCACAUCAGUGGAUUUUAAUACAAGCUGUGAGCUGCGUGAAGGACUCUGCUUUAGAGUUGAUAUCAUGCAAAUUGUGAAGUUGCCUUGACUUUCAGAUGUCCUGGUAAUUUAUUCCUUUAGAGGACAUUGUUUUUCAAGAGGUUUAUCAUUUGAUACCUUUAAAAGUAAAAGAUGAAUUUGUGAAACAGACCAAAGGGAGCUUACAGCAAAACAUAUUUGGAGUAGGCCUCCAAAGAGCAAUCAGCUAUUGUGCAAAAUUGCAGUCCUGACUGAAUGUUUCAGCUUGAACUUCAUUGUUCUUCUCUGUUGUUGUCCUGUUGUUAAGUGUGCGAAACAUUUUCUGUGUUUGUAACAAAUUGUCUCUCCUGAUCUAAUUUUUUAAAAGUGGCUAAAGAGCUUUGCUUUUAGCCACAAGGUCAUCACCAACACAUUUUCCACUCUUAUGCAAGUUAGCCUUGUUGGUUUUAGCAAUUCGCAAACAGAUAAGUGUGGCUGAAUCCUCAAUUAGUCAAACUGGUGAAGUUAGCCUCAAUUAGCAUCAAGUAGUAUUUCGCCUUCUUAGUCAGUACCUCUGUUUAUUCACCUCACGGAUAGGAUAUAAAUGGGGACUAUUUGCCUGUUUGUCCUGCCGUUGUACUUCCCUAAGCUUCUGGGCUUUGUGUGUGUAUGUGUGUGUGUGUGUAAUAACAUUGUGCAGUUUGUGUGUAUCCAGAUAAGACGGUCUGACAGGCUUAGGAUUGACCGCCUUGCCUAGUGACCUUACAGAAGGGAGUGAGUGAAGGAAGGCUUUGGUCUAGUUAAUCUUCCUGCUUAACCAGAUGCGUUAGUACACACCAAGUACACACGUUACCUCAUGCUCACACUAGGCCUGGACGAUAUAGCCCAGUGUUCAUUCAAAAUACUUCAUCUGUCUUCUUUCCAUCCACUAAAUCAGUCUUCAGUCUCCCCAACAUUAACUUUGUCACGAGGACUAAGAAGAAUAAAAGCUUUGCCACUGUUUGACCAUUCACAACAAGGAAAUGAACAAACUGUGGUUGGAAAUGUGACAAAGCCACUGUUGAAUCAUCAAACACGACCACAGUCAGAAAACAUUGGCAUGAGUAUUUGGUGGCCAACUGCAGUUCCUCAUUUUGGAUUUCCCAUCUGUCAGACUUCAUGCAUUUCUAAGUCUCCUUGUAUUGCUAAAGUUUCUCUCUUUUACAGAUGAUGAAGUGCAAAGUGCAUAAAACAGUCUAUGCAGACUAAGAUAUAAGUCUUACUAGGGCUGGGCGAAAAAUCAAAAAUUUAACAAUACUAAAAUUUACGACAAUAACUGAUGUCAUUUUGCCCAUGUCUAUAUACACUCACCGGCCACUUUAUUAGGUACACCAUGCUAGUAACGGGUUGGACCCCCUUUUGCCUUCAGAACUGCCUCAAUUCUUCGUGGCAUAGAUUCAACAAGGUGCUGGAAGCAUUCCUCAGAGAGCUUGGUCCAUAUUGACAUGAUGGCAUCACACAGUUGCCGCAGAUUUGUCGGCUGCACAUCCAUGAUGCGAAUCUCCCGUUCCACCACAUCCCAAAGAUGCUCUAUUGGAUUGAGAUCUGGUGACUGUGGAGGCCAUUUGAGUACAGUGAACUCAUUGUCAUGUUCAAGAAACCAGUCUGAGAUGAUUCCAGCUUUAUGACAUGGCGCAUUAUCCUGCUGAAAGUAGCCAUCAGAAGUUGGGUACAUUGUGGUCAUAAAGGGAUGGACAUGGUCAGCAACAAUACUCAGGUAGGCUGUGGCGUUGCAACGAUGCUCAAUUGGUACCAAGGGGCCCAAAGAGUGCCAAGAAAAUAUUCCCCACACCAUGACACCACCACCACCAGCCUGAACCGUUGAUACAAGGCAGGAUGGAUCCAUGCUUUCAUGUUGUUGACGCCAAAUUCUGACCCUACCAUCCGAAUGUCGCAGCAGAAAUUGAGACUCAUCAGACCAGGCGACGUUUUUCCAAUCUUCUAUUGUCCAAUUUCGAUGAGCUUGUGCAAAUUGUAGCCUCAGUUUCCUGUUCUUAGCUGAAAGGAGUGGCACCCGGUGUGGUCUUCUGCUGCUGUAGCCCAUCUGCCUCAAAGUUCGACGUACUGUGCGUUCAGAGAUGCUCUUCUGCCUACCUUGGUUGUAACGGGUGGUUAUUUGAGUCACUGUUGCCUUUCUAUCAGCUCGAACCAGUCUGGCCAUUCUCCUCUGACCUCUGGCAUCAACAAGGCAUUUCCGCCCACAGAACUGCCGCUCACUGGAUAUUUUUUCUUUUUCGGACCAUUCUCUGUAAACCCUAGAGAUGGUUGUGCGUGAAAACCCCAGUAGAUCAGCAGUUUCUGAAAUACUCAGACCAGCCCUUCUGGCACCAACAACCAUGCCAUGUUCAAAGUCACUCAAAUCACCUUUCUUCCCCAUACUGAUGCUCGGUUUGAACUGCAGGAGAUUGUCUUGACCAUGUCUACAUGCCUAAAUGCACUAAGUUGCCGCCAUGUGAUUGGCUGAUCAGAAAUUAAGUGUUAACGAGCAGUUGGACAGGUGUACCUAAUAAAGUGGCCGGUGAGUGUAUAUUUAGUGCCAAUAAAUAAAUAAAAGUUGGUUUUGGAUGGGGCAGCACAGUGAUGUAGUGGUUAACACUGUCGCUUCACAGCAAGAAGGUCCUGGGUUCGAUUCCGGGUCAGGGCGUUUCUGUGUGGAGUUUCCAUGUUCUCUCUGCGUCUCCAGGUACUCCGGUUUCCUCCCACAUCCCAAAAACAUGCAGAAGUGGGGUUAGGUUAAUUGGCCACUUUCAAAUUGCCCGUAGGUGUGAAUGUGAGUGUGGAUGUUUGUUCGUCUCUAUAUGUCAGCCCUGGGAUGAACUGGGGACUUGUCCAGGGUGUCCCCUGCCUUUGACCGAAGAUGCUGGGGUUUCUGACAUAUUACCCUUUACAAGAGUGGUGUCAGCUUACGUGGCUGGUCAGAGUUAGUUAUCUCAGGGAGAGAAAAUAACGAUGUAAAAGUUCAGCAAAGGGAUUUACAGAAAUCAAAGAGGGAAAGAAGACCCUCACUGCCCCAGUCUGCUCAUCUAUGCGCAUUGUGGAAUCAACAAAUCUCAUAUGCAGGCUGCCUUGUCAAUGUGCCGAAUGAUCAUAACAUCUGUCUUUAUUUUCCAAAUGAUGAACAUAAAGAAAUAGUUCCGUCUUUGUUACAUUCAGAUAACUUUAAGAGCAUUUAGCCUGGUAUUGCUGGAGAGACGUUAGUUCUGCAAUAUGACUUUUAUCAGGAUUUCAUUCAGGUAUAUACAGUCCAGUGCUGUAAGUUUGGUUCACAGGCAUGAUUGAUUGGAAAGGAGCCAUCAUCAGUUUUUAACCCUAUCUGUGCUUCUCAUGACAAAUCAAGAGUAUCUGCUGUACACAGUCUGUGAGGAAACAUAACUGAUUAACUGAAAGAAACCCCAGAGAGAAUCUGCGUUUGCCCUAGAAAACCGUGUAUAGGAUAAAAAUGCAAACUAAUGUAGUAUACCAUUUAAAUGCCUUUGAAAUACAUAAUUUUCUGGGACUCAAUGCCCAUCAGCUCGUAAAAAGCGAGGGUGAUUUCUUUGGGUGGUGUUGUCGCCCUAACAAGUCAUAGAAGGAGAAGAAGCUUACAUUUACCACUCAACAUGAUUCCAACCCUUAGAGAAGGACUGAGAUCCUAGAUACUUGGCACAUUAUCUGGUGAGCCCAGUGUGGAAGUGAACCUUUGGCAAACUCAGAGCAUGUUAAAAGGAUUAGUCCCAUGCAGCCCGAGAGUGUCCCUGCAUCCCCCCCAAAGGAGCUAGGGUACACGUUCUGUGGCAACAGCAUAUGGACUACUUUGCCCUGCCACUCAGAGUGUAGGACAUGAAUGCUCUGUUACACUUGGUGACGUUGUUCUGUCAACACCUUUUGUCCAAACUUCAGGGCUUCAAGAACAGUUUGCUGGUUGUUGACUUUCAACAAGAGUGUGAAAUACAUCAGUGUCAUGUUGGUAAGUCUACCCUAUAGCAAGAAGAUGAUCUCAGGUCACCCUUAUAAUGUCACCCCCCACAGUUGGUAUCACUUGUGAUCCACAGAUCAAUGGAAAACUUGUCAUUAAAGACAAGUUGCAGCAAGAUUUUACUGUUUCCUAAAGCACCGGCCACUUAUUGGUAGCAUGUCUUUUGCAAUACACUAAGCUACUGCAUCUGUGAGGUCUUUGUGUCUCUUGGACGUUUUGUCGUAAGGCAUUGCGCUAGAGAAAGCAGACUGAAUGGUUUGUUCAGCACGGUGGAGCAACUCCCCUUUUCAUUGGCUAUUUGUGUCGUCUACCAAAACAUGGCAGAAUGACGGCUAUUGAAAAGCAUAUUGACCAUGUGUCAUAUCGAUAUUGAGGGAAAUACAUUUUUGAUAUAUAUCAUUAUCGUUUUACCGCUCAGCCCUAGGCAGAUCUUAUAACCUGAAAUUGUUCUUCCUUUUCCGACUGUCCUGCACUUUAGGGACACAGACUAUCAGCCACAACUGCCAGUGUUUCCAUCAUAGUAUAAACCCAGUUUAGAUAGAGAAAAGCUUAAAAAUAGGGUAUUAACAUUAAAUGGAUUUCUCUCGCGCGCACACACUUGACAUCUAAUCAUGCACAGAGAAAAACCCCAGGGCUCUAAAUUUUUGUCUUUCCUGGUGUAUAAACAGGUCAGCUGAAAAGUACAGAACGUUGCUUAAAGUUGAGCUUAGCAUCCUCCAGUCUGCUGCUCCCUGCCCUGUGUCUGUGGUCAUGAAACCGUGCCUCUUCAUUAUUGCAGGACAGAGGCCUGUUUACAAAUCUUCUCCACAAAGACCGCUCAUUGCCUCAGGGCAACACACUCAGUACAGGCCACUCUGUCAGCGUGCAUGUGCAUGUAUGGACGGGGUCGUGCACAUGUGCAUGUUCAUGCAUGCUCAGUCAGACCACUGCAGGCGAGUCUCUCUCACUCUCUUUACUCAUUCCUUCUCUCUGUUCUGCUCCGCUCCUCUGCAUCUCUAUUUUGAGAUGCACAUGUCUGCCGUAACCCAGCACGUGCCGAUUCUGUCAGAUUUAGUCUCAGGCUCGGUGGGUCGCAGCAGAACACUCACUCUUUAAUUUAACACAAAUGAAAAACCAGAGGAAAAUGGGUUGUGUCCCUCGGCUGGCCCAGUAUGACCCAGGCUUUGGGAUGGAGCGCUGACACAGUUUAAGUUGGAUUUUGGCUUGUCUAUGGACUGUGCUGGACUUGCAGAUCCUUAUCUUUGGCCAUACCCUGACCUUUGCCCCCCUGCCACAGAGAUUUAGCCUCGACAAUGGAGAAUUAGCUUCCCUAACAACCAAACACGACUUCUCUCACAUCCACCGUUUGUGUGUCUGUCACUCAGUCUCUGCUGCUCUCUCUUUUCAUGCCUGUAUGUUCCCCAGAUGUCUCAUUUCACACUCUCUGGUCCAGGCCUUACACAUGCCUGUGAUGUGGGUGUACUCUGUAUGCGUGGAAGUGUGUGUGUGUGUGUGUUUUUGUUGGGUGCUAGUUUGCGGGCCUGUCAGGAUGUGAGGAGGCCAGCUGCUGCCCUCAGGGCUGAGAGAAAGAGAGACAGGGGGGAGACAGAAUUGGAAGAAAGAGAGGGAGGAAUGUGAGGAAUCCCAUGGGAAGUCCACUGGGACCAUUUGUAUGUUUGUUUGUGUUUUGACCCAGCUCCAAAAAGCUCUUUCAGUGUUUGUAUGUCAUAUGCAGGGUUUUAAAUCUCUAGAUGAAUCCCUCCAUUAAUCAGUGAGCUUAAAAACAUAUAUUUGAUAGUUUUGGAGCUAUUUAUUAUCUAUUUGGAAUUUUAUUGGGGUUAUCCAAGAUAUCUAACAGUGGUCGUGUAUCACAGAGUUACUCUUAUUAAAGCAUCAAACCUAUUUUGCAAAAUAGGAGCAUGCAAAUGUCUGCAAGUAAGCUUGAGCAAAAAAGUGUAUCCUGAAAAUGAAUAUCAGUUGGCUUUUUACACACUGUGGAUAUGUCUGCAGGUACUCCUGGCACACGUCUGGUAUCUGUCAUUAGAAGUGCUCUUGCUUUACAUAUAAGUAGCAGCACUGUCUCAAUAUGUUACCAAACCUAAAGAAAAGACAAUUCAAUGUGUUUCCCAAGUAUUUUAAGGGUGGAAAUCCUGUCCUAUAUUUGGGUCAUUAUGCCUUUAAAAGAAAACCAAAAUGUUCAAACUGAAAGGUAGAAAGCAGUUGUCUCGCACACUGUAAAUCUAUGCAGCAGAAUUUGAAUUUGUUGCUUUCAGGCCCUUUUCACAUUGCAAGUGAACAACAGUGCCAUAACCAUGACCUUAGAGCUGGGCGAUAAACCGAAAAUUUAACAAUACCAAAAUUUAUGACAAUAACUGAGGUAAUUUUCCCCAUAUCGGUAUAUUCUGUAUCAAAAAAUAAAUGAAUAAAAGUUGGUUUGGGAUGUGUGUAGGUAGGCUAUGGUCUCAUGUCGCUUUAAGACGCUGUCCUCAUGGGAGACGUGACUUUACCCCAUUCAGUCCGUAACAAAGAGGGAAAGACAGGUGAGGAGAUGGAGGACGGUUCAAAAGUGUUCGUGGCUGGAGCGGCUGAAGUAGAUGGAGUUAAUGUGGGAGGGGGUGAGCAGCUUGUGGAUUUAUCGUUAUCGAGGUGAACUGCUCAAUAUAUCGUUAUAUUGAUUUGAGGCCAUAUCGCCCAGCCCUAUAUUACCUUGGCAAAAUAAUGCUCUCCAAGUGAGUGAUUUUACUUGUAUGAUGAAGUUGCGGACACAUGACAGGUGGACAAUGUGGGGGUGUCACAUACUCACACACUUAAAUGCACAUGCACACAAGCAGAAUCAGACUUAACAAAACCCUGCAUAGUCCUAGAAAGCCCGUAGGAAUUGAACAAGACAGUGACGAAGGUGCCUUGGUAUCAGUCAAAUCAUUCAUUCGUAUCUGUAGCUAUUCCAGAAAUAAGGUGUAGAGACACACUGUACAUAUGGAGGAAGAGAAGGACUACCCUCAGUCUCUUGAUAGGGGGAGUAAUGAUCCCCUCUCAAAAAUGAGCUGAGGCUCAAAAGUAGCAGCAGAGAGAGAGAGCAGAGAAAUAGGACAGAGUGGAAUGUGAUGAGACAGAGCUUUGGAAAUAUGCAGAGAUGGCUCACAGUGAGAGAGGAAGAGAAACAGCAGGGAGUAGCUGGAAGGGUCAGCCAUCCGUUCCAUCCAUCAUCGACAUUCAUGUCAUUAGUCUAUUUACGGACCGCGCUUCCACAUGUCGUGUGGAACCGAUAUUUAAUUAAAGCUGAACUAGGGAGGCUAAUUGGGACAAACCUGCCCUCAGGGAUCCAGACUACUGCAGUGACAGAGUGAGGCAUCAUCACACUGUGGGACUCUCUUUUAGACAAACAAACCCUUCACUUUGCACCGCAGAUCUCAGAUCUGUCUUCAGCUGUACAAACAUGUGUAAGAGAGCAGCCAUGCACCGUUUUUUGCAUCCCUUUAUUUGGUAAAUGUUACCUUCUGGAGAAGUUCUCAACUUCUAAACAAAGAUCAUCUGCUGCUGUUUCCACAGAGCUUCCUUACCCCCCCUUACUGAAAUGUUUGUGCAACAUGUUACGUUUAAUUAGAACCGCUAACAUGAUGUUUGCUGACAGUCUCCUGCAAUGUUUUGUCAGUGGGAAGACUGGGGACCAGAGACUGAGGGUGUUUGGGCUGUCUGAGUCCCCCCUGUCUGGGCUUUUGGGAUGACACAUCUGCUCUGCAGGCAAGACAGGGCAAGCCUGGUCUAGCAAAACCCCAAGUGUAGCCCGUCAGGAACUGAAACUGAAACCUUUGACCCAUGACAUUUUGUCCUGAAACCCUGAGGCGACACUGCUUUCACACAGGUUAAGUGUUACAGAGUGGUUCACACACAAGAGACUUUUAAAAAGUCAGAAAGAUGUAGAGCAAAAAUGUCAGGAUAUAGGGCGGUCAGAACCAAAGCAGGUGGUGUGAUUCAAAAUAUGAGAAGGCCUCAUGCAAAUUAGAGUACUGUUUAUGAAACAGGAAAAGGUUCAUGUAGAGAGACAACAGCUUACCAAUGUGGGCUGAUGCCGCCGUCUUUCAAUGUGGGCUGUGUGGAUGUUAUCUAAGAUAUCAUUGAAUAUCUCCUCAUGUCUUUUAAACAUUGUGGCUGCAAUUACCACAGGUACCAGCUGUGCACUUUUUUGUGACCCUUACCCCUGCCUGGUACUUCAGUGUUCCACUUUCUUGCCUGUGAGGAACAGAGCUACCUCUUGAAUUGUUUGAGGCUACGCUCUCCUUGGACAGCAGAUCAUCAAGAAUAUGCCAUAUUGCUUCAUUGAACAGUACAAGUCCUCCUUCUUCUUCUUAGAUCUAUUUAUUUUUCUUCGAAAGAUGCUGAAGGUUCCACGUGAUGUUUUCAGGCUGUAAGGUGGUUUUCAUAACUGAAAGUGAAGGCAGAGUUUUGACACAAAGAGAGCGUCGAUGCAGAACAUGUGGGUUUUUUUUUUUCUUUCAUACACUUUCCAUGUGAGUGAGUGUUAUAAAAAAUCGGGGUUAGGUUUCUCUAAGAAAACAGGGAAAAGGGGAAGAGGCACCCCAUGUGUCCAGUGGGGGUCAAAAACCAACAAGAAGAGAAAGUAACACUAACUUACUAACAGGGCAGAUAUAGCAGGAGACACAAACCCAGACACACACUCAACGAGUCCCUCUUUCCUCACAUUUAGAUAACCUUCUGUCCUUAGCGAAGCUGGGAGCUAGCUACACAGGUCUAAGGAGGAGGGGGGGGUGCCGUACAUCUGCGCUGUCCCGUCGUGUAACAGCCUUUGUGUAUGUCUGAGUUUGUGUGUGAGCAUGCUUGACCUUAACUCCAAACAGUCCAUCAAAAGGGGGUCGCCCGUCGUCUCUCGGUGUCUCCUAUAGCCUCUGCAGCCAGUCUGUGUCUGUGUGCGUGUGUGUGUGUGUGUGUGUGUGUGUGUGUGUGUGUGUGUGUGUGCUCAUAACUCACUGACACCUAAUAUCAUCCAUAACAUGAGCAAACACACACAGGGGCCAGAGUGAGAGGUUAAGGAGGGGUAAAGACUGGAAUCCACGGGGUCUUCACACCAUGUCGGCACAUACUGAUGGAAAACACAGAUGUCCUGUUGAAAAGAAAGAUUGAAACUGUUCUCCCUGCUAAUGUUAACCCACAGCAGGUGGAGGACUUUGAAGAGGAUAAAACUGAGUUAGUAUUUGCAUUCAGGAAGUGGAAAGAGCUGUGAAACAGGGCCUGAGUGAGAUCUGACAAAAUAUUUGGACUAACCCUACACACGGCUCUCUCUGUCAACUGGUGUGGACAACGAUCUACGUCUAGAUUCCCCACUCUGAAGGAUUACUAAAUCAGACAAAGCUCUUCUUUUGUCUUGUCAGUUGCCCUUUCACACCGGGACCAUUUUUAUCAUGCGAAUAUUUCGGACAUCAAUAUUUUUUUCGAAUCCGUAUCCUGUCAAUAUAAGCGUUCACAUCAGCAACGUUUUCCCGUCCUGCGAUAUUGCGGCAUUUAUUUUUUUCGGAUCAUGGUCGAUUUUUCUAAAGUUUCGCAUAUUGUGUGUCCACUUCUGACCAAUCAGGUUGCGUGUUGUUGCAACGUCUGAUUCACUGGUAUAUCCUACAUGGCCGAACUGAGUGCUUUAUGAUAAAAGACACACACAUUACAAAGAUAACGACCUGAAGGACAACUUGUGGAGAGUCAUAUCAUCGAAUCUCUCAUAUGACGAUGUUUUGUGUGCUUUAACAGUUUGCUAAACGUCUUUGUUUUAACUUUCACCUGUGCUAACAUAUGCUAAUGGUUGUUAGCAUAGUUUCAUGUGCUUAUCUUAUCCCCUCUGAUUGGCUAUAAGUGUAUUUGAGCGUGUGAUGACGUUUCCAGCUUUUCUAGCCAGGAAAAGUCUUCACCGGGAUAAUUAGUGGUAUAUUUUGGGCUAUAUGUGAGAACACAGCUGGAAAUCUUUUCAGGAAGAAUCCCUGCAAGCCAGCAGGCGGGGUGUUGACAUUUAUAUCAUGUAGCUGGUGUUCUGUUAAAUUUAGCUGCGUGGUUGAAAAUGUCACCAUGAGACAAACUUACAGUCAAGGCAGUGAUUUUGCACUAUUCAUUGUUGUCAGGUCAUAAACAGGGUCAGAGUACUGCAAAAAUAAGGUAAAUGAUAAAUGGUCUGUGUUUAUAAGGGGGUUUCUGUGGUCCUCUGACCAUUCAAAGCGCACAAACACAAUAUUGAAGUGAAGUCCACAUACAGAUUUUAAACUGUAUAAAAACAAGAAGAAAAAGUUUUUUCAUGCACAAGCAAAGGUGUUAGUGCAGACGUGAUCUUUGAAUGACAAGCAACAUUUUAUACUGUUUUAGUCACGAAGUGAAAAUGAAAAUACAGCAGUUUCCUACAUUGUGAGGCUCUUUACAUUAUGCACCACAAAAUAUCUGUACAAAAGGGGGGUCAUGACCUGUGCUGUCUUCUGUAGGACUUAUUGCUGAAAUUGAGAGACUAAAGUUUGUCCGAAGAGGUCUGGCCACUCUGUCUGCUGUGCUACUGUCAUUUUUUUUUUUAAACAGAACACUUUGAACCCUGAGUACUCCUAUCUGAGGAUCUACUUUUAUUAGAGAUACGAUGUCCAACUGCUUAUUAUUUGUUUAAAUGUCUGUCAUUAGAUAAUCUUCAUGAGGUAAAACAAAGAACCUCUGUCUAAGAGGCACGUCAAUGGUUUCAGGGAGAUUUAGCCGGAGGUCCUGCUCGGACAAGCAGCCCUCCAACAAAACCCUCCUCCAUGUCUUUCAAGAGAUACAAGCCAGAUGCUCAGCCAUUAAUCACUGCAUUGUGUGUGUGAGAGUCUAUGGCGUGUGUGUGUUUGGACUGGGCUCAUUGAUGAGUAAAUGUUAACUCUGUAUGUUGGUGUGAUAGCUGCCCCUAACAUCAGCUCAGGAGCAAGGCACAGAAGGAAGAGAAAAAGGAAGAUUUAUAUACAAGGGAAGCCUUUAGUGAAAAAGGACGAGGAGGCGUGGAAGUGUGUGUUUGGUGAGAGAGAGCAGGAGGUGGAGAGGAAAUGUUUUAUUCCCUCGAUCUGAAAGCUUUUCUAGCUGGCAGCGGACGAGCUCUCGACCUUUUCCCCCACAGACAAUAAAUUGACUUUAUUUUUUCUGCUCCAACCCUGCCCCUUUAGGCUCUGUGUGUGUGCGUGUGUGUGUGCAAUAGAGGAACACAAGUGAUAAUACUGGUGUGUUUUCUGUUGAGUGUAAUCGUGCAUGAACAUAACUUGUGGCCAUAUUUUGGUUUGCUGUGUAUGAUCGAAUACGAAACGCUGACUUUAUUUUAUUUUAACACAUAGGGGACAAGAUUUAAUUUGUUUCUAAACAUAAAUAAACUUUGUCAUAAUUUUGUUUGUUCUUAGGAGAGUCUGGUCUUGGGAAAUCAACACUCAUCAACUCUCUGUUCCUGACUGAUCUGUACUCUAAGGAUUACCCUGGACCCUCCCAUCGCAUUAAGAAAACUGUUCAGGUGAGCUUGCGUAACACAUGAUAUUAUUGGCAUGAUAUCGGUAUCAGCAGAUAUUAGCUUAACAAGUCAUUAUCAGUGAAGAUGCAAUGAUUGUGUAGAUACGAUGACAGCUAUCACAUAUUGACUGUACCUCAGUGUUUGGAAGUGUGAGGAACAUAUAGAAGACCCCUAGCUAUAUGUCUAUAUUUAAACAAAAGAUAUUUAUCAUUUCUGGCUGAACCAAAUGCUGUUUGUCUGGUUCUAAAACAAAUAGACUGAAACUAUAAGAGUGACAGGUUCAGUCUGUUAGAGGAGAAAUUUGAUAUUCUUUUGAAUAAAAAAGCUGUGUAUAUAGCGGUAUCAGCUACAAUGAGUUUGAAAAUAUCAGCACAUCAGGUAUCAGCAAAAGUCAAAUAUUGUGCAUCUCCAUUGUUAAGUUAUUGUAAAAAAAAUAAUAUUAAUGGUAAGAUGUAAGUAGUAUGUCCUCUAUCUCUUAAAAAUAUACCCUGAAGACCUAAUGGUGAUGUUCAUGACUCUUGAUUCUUGUUGUCAUGGUGCUUUCAGACAUUCCAGGGAACUGUAUUGUGGUCCUGCUUUUAUUGUGCAGGAGGGUGAAGAAAGCUGAGCAAAGUUUUUGACAUACCAGAAAUUCAUCCAACCACUUGGGAGCAGGUGAUAAGGCCGUGAUCAGCUCUUGUGAUCCCUGUAUACUGCACGGCAACUGAUGCACAAUCAGACUUGUUAGAGCCUGAUAUGUAACAAUGACCUGAAAUGUAAUAAAAAAGAUGUAAUAAAUCCUGAAAUAUAAUACUUGUAACAAGAUGCUGAACCAAAACCGUAAGAACUUUUUGCUCCAAAUGUAGAAACUUGUUGCAUUUGGAGUCAACACUUUUGUCAUAUUGUUGAAAAAUUAUAACAUUUCUGGCUUUAUUACAUUUUUUUUUUAUAACAUUUCGUGUCAUUGUUACAUAUCAGGCUCUAACAAGAGACUGACAUUUAGAAAUUGGGAGUGUAUUGCUGAAAACUGCAAAUAUUAGCUUAGCUCCUUUUUAUGGGUAUUUUUAAGUGUGAAAGCCUUAAGGUCCUUACACACUGGGACUGAGGCAAAUAUACAACGCGAAAUUAAGAAAUAUUCAGAGGCGAAUUUUGACACGCCUGACUAUACGGGAUAUAUAUAUAGAUAUAUAGAUCUCUGCACUUUGCUUAACUUUACUUAACUUUUGCUCACGAACUGACGAACUGAUAUUAUCAGAAACGGUGAAUAAAAGGGAACAUUUCUGGAUAGCUGGUACUUAAAGAGAUAGUUUAAGUAUCAUCACACUCAUUAAGGGGUUAAUGUACACUCACCGGCCACUUUAUUAGGUACACCAUGCUAGUAACGGGUUGGACCCCCUUUUGCCUUCAGAACUGCCUCAAUUCUUCGUGGCAUAGAUUCAACAAGGUGCGGAAGCAUUCCUCAGAGAGCUUGGUCCAUAUUGACAUGAUGGCAUCACACAGUUGCCGCAGAUUUGUCGGCUGCACAUCCAUGAUGCGAAUCUCCCGUUCCACCACAUCCCAAAGAUGCUCUAUUGGAUUGAGAUCUGGUGACUGUGGAGGCCAUUUGAGUACAGUGAACUCAUUGUCAUGUUCAAGAAACCAGUCUGAGAUGAUUCCAGCUUUAUGAUAUGGCACAUUAUCCUGCUGAAAGUAGCCAUCAGAAGUUGGGUACAUUGUGGUCAUAAAGGGAUGGACAUGGUCAGCAACAAUACUCAGGUAGGCUGUGGCGUUGCAACGAUGCUCAAUUGGUACCAAGGGGCCCAAAGAGUGCCAAGAAAAUAUUCCCCACACCAUGACACCACCACCACCAGCCUGAACCGUUGAUACAAGGCAGGAUGGAUCCAUGCUUUCAUGUUGUUGACGCCAAAUUCUGACCCUACCAUCCGAAUAUCGCAGCAGAAAUCGAGACUCAUCAGACCAGGCAACGUUUUUCCAAUCUUCUAUUGUCCAAUUUCGAUGAGCUUGUGCAAAUUGUAGCCUCAGUUUCCUGUUCUUAGCUGAAAGGAGUGGCACCCGGCGUGGUCUUCUGCUGCUGUAGCCCAUCUGCCUCAAAGUUCGACGUACUGUGCGUUCAGAGAUGCUCUUCUGCCUACCUUGGUUGUAACGGGUGGUUAUUUGAGUCACUGUUGCCUUUCUAUCAGCUCGAACCAGUCUGGCCAUUCUCCUCUGACCUCUGGCAUCAACAAGGCAUUUCCGCCCACAGAACUGCCGCUCACUGGAUAUUUUUUCUUUUUCGGACCAUUCUCUGUAAACCCUAGAGAUGGUUGUGCGUGAAAAUCCCAGUAGAUCAGCAGUUUCUGAAAUACUCAGACCACCCCUUCUGGCACCAACAACCAUGCCACGUUCAAAGUCACUCAAAUCACCUUUCUUCCCCAUACUGAUGCUCGGUUUGAACUGCAGGAGAUUGUCUUGACCAUGUCUACAUGCCUAAAUGCACUAAGUUGCCGCCAUGUGAUUGGCUGAUUAGAAAUUAAGUGUUAACGAGCAGUUGGACAGGUGUACCUAAUAAAGUGGCCGGUGAGUGUAGAUGUCUUGGCUAUAAGUCAUUUAUUGCUAACAGCUGGUUACAAAGAUAUACAGAGGUUAGCCUCUGCAUCAUAAAUCCCAAACCUAAUGACGGUCGUAAAAAUGAUGAAUUGUAAGAUUUGUAAGUGCAGGUAUCCCUGGAUAUUAGAUGUCUGGUUUUUAAGAAAGUAAAACUAUAGGCUCUUCAGAUGUUACCUUUGUCUGAACUUUGCCUGUGGAGACUCAAGAUAACAAAAGGUCAGGAGUUAGGGCAGAGGGGUGAAACAGUGAAAGACAAGCUAUCGUUCACCCUCUCUAUAACACAUCUAACAAUAAUGUAACACAUGGAGGGUGUCUGAGGAUUUUGUUCUGCCUUUGGGUCAAUAUAAUGUUACACAAAACUCUAAAGCUGAAACCUGUUCCCUGCCUUUUAUAGUUAUGCUUAGUGGUAUCUCAAACUUGUAAGGUUAAAUGAAGUCUGUUAAUUCUGUUAGUCUGUUAAAUGAAAUCCUGACUUCGAGGUCAGUUGAUGAGGGGAAAACUCAACCAAAUAAAGGUUGAGGAAGAAGGAGCUUUACCUCAAACCAUGAAGCUGAUAUUUAAAAGCAGAGAUGCACUGUAGUAUCUGCAUCAGCUGAUAACAACUUCAGAGGAUAACUGAGCAGGAAAAUAUCGAAGAUCCCCUGUGACCAGCUUUCAGCAUACUUGUUCUUUUUGAGACAAAUUAGCAAUUCCAAAUGAGCGGGUGUCAGUCAGAAGUUCACAUUGAAACAUGCUUUUAAUCGAAAGCACCACUCUGAUAAUUCAAUACAGCGAGUUCAUGAUGGAUUAAUUGUUAGCAGCUAUCAUAUUAAAUCUUAUAGGGGAGAUAAUGGGAGCAAAUGAUGAGAUUAUUCAGGAGAUGAAGGAGAGAGGAGGUUUGAGUGUUGUGAAAGAAGAGGAGCAAACAAGAAGGGCAGAAGAACCAAGUGGUAGAGGGCAAGGCCACUGGGCCUGCUUUUGUCCUUUUAUGGUCAUGACAAACUGACAGGGAGGAGGAGGAGGGAGGCUGCAUCUGGAGCAGCAGUGGGGUGCAAAAGACAGAGGGAGGGAGAAGAAGUGAGAAGUAUUGCCAAGGCAAGGAGAAAAGAGAGCACAGCAAGCGAGACCACUUAAAGGUGGAGAAAGGUUUGUGGACAGGAGUGAAUGGAGGUGAGGGAUGCAGGCAGCAAGAGUGCAUCUGAAGACUGAGUCUGGGGGGGCAGGGGAGAGACUUAGGUGACAGACCCUGUUUGUCCCCUGGGGCCUAAAAGGGUCAAUAACAGUGUAGGAAUGUUCCCAUGAAAUGCAACCCCCCACCCCACACACACACAAAUAAGUACACACCGUGCAGUCUUUCUAUGUAUCAUGUUAUCUUUCAGUGUGGACCUAGAGUCCAGGUAAAAAUGAGAAUGAAAUUGUAUUAAACUCUCUCUGCACACAGUUUAAAACAACGUCACUCUGAAUUCUUCUGCGAUUGUGUUGAAUCACUCUUGGCAGGUUAUUUCUCAAACCCACACUGCAGGAUCACCUACACAUCCUUCAGUACAGUUUCCUUGGUAGUAAAACAACCACCUACCCAAAGAGAACUCGUAUAUGUACGAGGACAGAAUGCAAACGCCACACAGAAAAAAGCUCCUGCAGGAUCAGAGAAAUCUAGGUACAGAAAAAAACCCCGGGAGUACAGCACACUGUGCAGACGCUGGACAGACGCUCAUUGCAACUAACUUGUUGUCAUGCUCGCAGAUGGUGUGUGAGCAACCCCCAUUUCUUUUUCAAAGGCAGUUAUAAAUAACAAGUAUGAAAUCACUUCUAUAUGAAGGUACUUCAAAGAGGGAGGAAUCCACAGAUUUAAUCCCGGAUUCAAGGCAAAUGUGAAGUUAUUAAACAACUUUUUAGGUCACAGUUUUGCUUGCUCUUCCCAAAAAAAGAUGAGACAACCCGUUUCUAGGAGCUACACACCAUAGGCACACAACAGCAUGCAACUCAGGAAGUCAGGCACCACCCCCGGGUGAUUGCUGGCUAUUUUCAGGGAGUCUCAAACACAGCAGCUCGUGGUUUAUUGAUGUUACUCUAUCCUGUUAAAUGUAAAAAAGAAUUUCUCGGGGCAAAUUCAAAGUCAAUGUUUUGGUGUCAGUGCUUGACGGAUCCUCAGCCCUAGAAACACAAAACAUUGAAUGAUAAAUUUGGUGCGAGUAAUCUGAGAAUUUAGGUGUGCUGGAGGUGUUUGUGUUACUCCUGGCUGCUAUGUCUCAGAAUAGUGUGAUUAUUUUCAAUAGAAACAGAUCCAACUGCAGCAGUUCAGUGCUUUAUGUUCUUGGGCAGUGAAAUCUGGUGUUCCCGCCUUCUGGGUUAGAUUUGUGAUACUGAAACCUUUCCCUCAUGCUUUAUGUCCCUGAUAGUUGAAUAAACAAUGAAGUGAUUUUGCUGAAGCUUUUGCAUCCCUGUGACCCUAUGACUGCAGCUCUGUUAUGUUAGCCCAGAACUAAAUUUACUCUGUUUUGCUGGGACUAAAAACAUUACAAAUCUCCGUGCUCCUCUUUUGGUUUGUCACUCAUAGCUAACCUCAUGUGAACCCCAUGAGUGCUAUGUGGGCAUUCAUGCUCUUUUGCAAGUAGCAGUUAGUGUGUGUGAGAGCGUUCACCCUGGGUGCUGUGGUCAGAGGCUGAGGGAGAGAGCCAGGGUCAGAGUAUUUAUAUUCCAGAACAAUCUCUCGUGUUCUGUCGCUCACUCGCAUUCCCUCAGCUUGGGUUUCUUGAAAAUGAUGGUGUUUGAACCGACAGCAUUUUUGAGGUUUUUUCCCAAACUGUUUUUCUUCGUGGAAAUAGUGAAAAUAGCAGAUUUGGUUUUGAGAUGGCCGACAUGUCAUGCACAUACACUCAUAGAACAUACCCAUUUGAACACAUGCUGGGUGCAGGAUGAAACUCAGAUAGGUCAGAUGAUUGUGGCGGGUGAUAUAUGUGCUCAGCUGUAGAGUCAUUCAGAUCAUCCGAAGGCUUAUGAAAGCUGAGGAAUGUUUGUGUUAGAGCAAGAGAGCUGUAGUUUGAGUUAAAGGGGGAUCCUAAAAUAACUAGAUGGCCUUGUGAAAGUAUGCGGCAAAGUGGGGGAACAGCAGAUGAGCUGCAUGAAAUGAUGGAUCUGUGGGACUGAAUGUGAAUGUGCAUGGUUUCUUGCGCCCCCUUUUUUUUUGUUUCCAAGUUAAGUAACACUCAGAUAUCAUAACACUUACUUCCUUAGAAAAAUAUGUUGGGUCUUAAACUACUUCAGCACCUUAGCUGCAGCAGAUGGAUUGUUACAGGAUGAUAUGGGGCCAACAUCAACCAGGACUGGUGUAUGUGUGUCUUUUUUCCUGUGCCAUCCUGAAUUGUUUUUCCACAAAUAAAUAUAGAAAACAUCAGUACUCCUCCAGAGCAAUUGUGGAAAAACCUUAUUCAAAAAACAUAAUUCCGAUUUUGGCCAUUUUGGAAAUAGGGAAAAAAAUAUAUUUUUCUUCAAUCUGGUUUCCUCACACUCGAACCAAAAUUGUUCUAUAGACCAUAAUAUACAAAUUGGAAGUGAAAAAUAAACUUUUACACGAAUUUGAAAUGACUGAGUGUCCAGGCACCCCACUACUAACCAUGAGUUUCUUGAUCAUUUCUGCUGUUAUUGUGUUCCCUUUGGUUUGGGAGGCUGCAGUUUGAGACUCUUCACACAUCCAACCAGCAGACACUGGUGUCUGUGUCUCUCCCCACUGGCUGUGUGGGAGCACUGACAGCAUGGUGAUGUCUCAUCAGUGCUCUCUGAGUGGGAGAGGAAAGUGUCACACAGUCGAACACGCAGACAAAUGUGUGUGGGAAUGUUUGUUUUGCUAAUCUACAGUAAAUUCUUGUAUUCAGAUUGUGGUGAAUGCGCACAAACUCAAAAAGAUGACCAGAGCACUGAAAGAAACAGGGCUAAGGUGUUGGUCAGAGGUUUUUAACAUGAGUAUCCUGCUGAAUAAUGUGCAUGUUGUUGUGUUUCAGGUGGAGCAGAGCAAAGUUCUCAUUAAGGAAGGAGGGGUCUACCUGACACUCACCAUUGUAGACACACCAGGGUUUGGAGAUGCUGUUGAUAAUAGCAACUGGUGAGGGGAGCUAGCACAAUCAGGAUGUUUCUGUGAUACACAUGUGCUUAUUUAAAUCUUCAAAAGUACUAUUUGUUUUUUAUUCUUUGUUUUUCCUCCUUUUUUUUCCUCCUUCUCUUAGUUGGCAGCCGGUCAUAGACUACAUUGACAGUAAGUGCGAGGACUUCCUGAAUGCAGAGUCAAGGGUGAACCGGAGUUCGGUGUCAGACAGCCGGGUGCACUGUUGCUUGUAUUUCAUUGCACCCUCUGGACACGGGUAGGUCUGCGUGAGAUGCAAAUAUACAAAGUUACAUCACUUCUGUGUUCAGUUACAUUUGUGUUUUAGCUCAGGAGAAAUAUUCCCUUGAUGCUAUAAUGAAAAAAAAAUCUUUUCCAUGUUUGAGUUCUUUCCUGCAUCAAUACUAGUUGUUUACAAAGUCCAUUAAGUACAUAGCCAUUUAAGUGAUUUUAAAGCUCCAGACAGACAUGGCAAUAAACUGACACUUUGAACUGAAACAAAGAGCCUUCAGUUGGUUUUCAUCUGUGAAAUCCAGGUACUGAUUAAGGCCACCAGGUAAUCAAACUUUACCUUUUGAUUGAACACAUUAAGAAUAGAAAUAUCAGCCAUUUUUUAGAAAUAUAGUUGCUUUGAAUGUCUUUUAAGGCUAAAGAUGUGUAUAGUUUCAUAGUUCUCGACAAGAUGAACUAUUCUGAAGCAAGUUGGCAGUGGGAGGACAGUUUGUUCUCAUCAUAAAGCUUCCCUUGUUAGUCAGUUUCAUCACAAACUUGUUAAAUAGUAUGUGACAAAAUUGGACAACAUGGUAUGAUCUAACAGAGAAAUUAGCGUUACAGUUUGUGAAAUGUAUGACUCCAGAGUCAGCAAAGGGAAAGUCAAAAGCAGGUAAAAAGGACAUGCUCUGAGGCCAGAACAGUUAACAUUCAAAGGGAUUGUUAACUGAGAACAGCUAGUGUUGUUUAUCACUGGUCCAUAUGAUGGGGCUGUGCUAAACCCUGUGAAGUGAAGUGAUGCAGUGUUCAAAGGGAGGUAAGGACACAACAUGCAUGGCCUCUCUUUGGCUUGGAGGACUUCACUUUGGAAGGAGAAUCUACCUUUUUAUCCCGCUUCCUAUCCAAGCUUGAAGCCGGAGCAAAAAGGAAGUGCACAAGUGUGUUUGUGUGUGUGUGUCUGUGGCAGCCAAUUUUUGUGACCCACAAAGCUUAUAUAACCCACUUGUGCUCAUGCUCAGUAGAGGUCCGUUCUCAUCACUGACUCAGCCAAUCAGAGCGGAGGCUGGGAGCAGCUCAUAGAGGCAAGCCUCUCAUCUCAGACAAACACACUCUGUCUUGUCUCAUCCUGGAGUCUCUCAGAUGGUGUGUGCGCUUGUGUGUAGUCACUUGUCUUCCCUUGAACAUCCUCCUGUCAGUGUGGCUGCAGCACCAGCCAUAGAUUAUAGCUGUGUGUCCACUCACUGAUUUUGAAUAAACAAAAAUCUAGAUCAUAUCUGUACUGUUUGAAUCUGCAGACGUUAUUGUAAAGUGACUUUGAUGUUUUGCACAAACCUCUUUUUAAAGCACCAACCACAAAGAAUUUGAAUAUGUUGGUUUAUGUUGCAGGCAGCCUCUCACUCUUGUACCAUCAAUCCUCUUCUGUAGUUGUCAUUUUUCAACCUCCUGGGUGGAAAUCAACGGUCUCUGACACUCUCAUGACCGGCUAUAACUCCUAACCUACAGUGAAUUUCAAGCGAUUCUUGAAAUACAUAAAUGCUGCAUCAUCUUACCAUUAUUUAUCCAAAGACAAGAGUGGAACAGUCCAUGUGACAGGAAAUUUCUCCUGGAUCUGUAUAAAGGAUAAUCAGUAUUUGUCUUUUUAAAGUGUUAUUGUUGCCGAUCUUUCUGUCCACGUGUGCUCUAGACCAGCCAUGCUUGUGAUUAUUUUUAAUGUCAUUAACUCGAGAUAACAAAGCUGAUUGUCUCAUAAAAACUGGUUCAAUUAUCUCAUUAUCUCAAAAACAAAUGGCAGAUUUCUUGAUUAUAACAAGACUAUUUAUCAGAAGUUUAUGGCCCCAGGACUGGAUUAAUGACCAAACAGUGAGUGAAGGCAUCAGUGUUCGAGUUUUGUCUAAUGUAAUUGCAACAAUUGAGCAGGCAGCUUCAUUUAGUCAGACAAAAAAUGAGAUUGACCAGCGCUGCCUCUGCUUCAGCUGGAUGUGCCUAUAAUAAGGACAGUUAUUGCUGCAGUGGAGUUAACAUUAAUUAAGCAUAGCGUUAGCUCAGGCAGGGUAGAAAAUCAUGAUCAGCCCACAGAUAUUAGUCAAGUUGUUCCCAUAUUAAAGGUGGGGUAGGCAGGAUCUGAGGAAGUGCUACUUUUUGGGAGAAAUCUUGAAUGUAAACACGACCCCUCCCAACCAGUUUUUAUCAGCCAAUAGCUAUUGGCACCGACCUUUAAUGAACUGUCCUGUGUUUUGUACUAUGGAUGAUAGUAAAUAAGCAGUCAGCUGAACAUAACACCGGCCCAAGUCAGCUGACAGCUCCGCAGAAUAUCCUCUGCAUAAUUGGCAAAUAUCAACAUGGACACUCUAUGUAAUCUGUUUUGUAAUCUGCCAACCUUACCUUGCCGCUUUCUCCACGGACCACAGUACAACCCCCAGCUCCUGCUUUAUCAGUAGUAUAUGUGUUGUCACAUUACCAAAGGGGUUUCUGCUGCUGCUCUCCCUGCCUUAGUCUUUGGUUUUCCUUGCGCUCAUGUGGAACAACAGGGAGAUCUCAUAUUACCGCAAAAUAUAACUUAAUGCAUGAAAAGGCUUGGUUCUCUUUGACUAAAGCAGUUGUGACUGAAUUGAGGUUAUGUUCCACCUUCCUUUGCCAUCACCCUAACACAAUAUCGUCUAAGUUACUGCCCAAAAACUGAUCUGUAUUUGACUGCUUCUACAAAUGGAGAGCUGUGAUUUGACUCUCUGUCGAUCUUCAUUCCUGAGAUGAGCAACUCAACAUCUCCUUCACUAAUGCUCUUAAAAGAUGUUUGUCAAGUUGUUCUCAUAUCAAUGAACUGUCCUGUCUUUUGUACUAUGGACUAAAGUUAAUAAGCAGUUUUACAUUCUGCAACAGCUGCACGCGUGCCGUUUGUAUGCAGCUGCUUCCAAAACUUCCCACUAUGCGGCUAUAAAACUUGACAUCCCAUAAACUGCGUAUUACCCCCCCCAGGAUUACAAAGACAAUCGCUCAUCAGCACAGCGGGACAAAACCAUCAGUUGUUUCCACAGUAAAAGAACACACAAGACAAAAAAGUCAGUCACACUCAGCUGCCGUCGUUGUGCCUUUGCUGUGGGCUAUGAGGGAAUAAAGUCUGGUUUUGGUUGCCCUCUGCUGGUGACCCACUGAACUACUUUCCCCUCAUUUAAAGCCAUGCAGUGAAGCAUUUUAUUUAUUUUAUUCUGUCUUGCAAACUCAGCCCCCCACCCCUCCUUGGAAACAUCACCACGCUUGACUCCACAGCUCAUUUAGAUGAACUAUCAUCACUGUAAUAUAUCGCAAGCCUGUUCAAGUUGUUUGUUUAUUUUCCAAAAUGUUUCCUAAUGGUAGGUGGUUGGGCUUGUUUGAGCUGUUUGCAUGUGGAUGUAGAUUAAACCAAACCCUCAUAAUUUCUCUCUUCUGUCUCUUCCAGACUGAAACCCCUCGACAUAGAGUUUAUGAAGAGACUGCAUGACAAAGUCAAUGUCAUUCCUCUCAUUGCCAAAGCUGACACCCUAACCCCAGAGGAGUGCCAGCUUUUUAAAAAACAGGUAUGAGAUUGUUGAAGUUUCACAUUUGCUGAUCAGGCUGCUGCAUCUAAGAUAGACCAAUAAUCCAACUGGUGUAAACUUUGUACCCUUUUCCUCUUACAAGCAGAAUAUAUGAUGAAGCAUGUUCUUGUACAAAUAGUGGGUCAUGGAUCCCCAGGCUGCAAUGAGUCAGUUUAAACAUAAUAGUUAGAUUUCAUUAAAAUAUAUUAAACUUAACUGUAGUUGUGUCAACAUAACCUCCAGGAACAGAAUAAAACAUCAGAUGUUAAAAAAGCAUAAAAUGUCAACUAAUAACUUUAAGCUUACAAUGACUGUAAAUCUAAGAGUGGAGUUAAACUUUGUUGAUCUACUGAUGUAUGCAGGGGGCUUUAUAAACUAACUAAAUGCUGACUCUGACUUUCUCUCCUCCUCCUCAGAUAAUGAAAGAGAUUCAGGAGCACAAAAUCAAAAUUUAUGAAUUCCCAGACAUGAAGGAUGAUGACGACAACAAGCUCACCCGAAAGAUUAAGGUAACCAACUGCAAUGCCUGAAAAGUUUUUUCAAGGACCUCUGAUUCAUCUCAGAAAAACAGUAAAUAAAAAUAUACAAGACAGUCUGUCUUUUGGUUAGGGUCCAACCCCUGCAGCUGCCUUUGCCCAAUUCCUAAUGCCUGGUAGUCGGAUUACAUAACUGAUUAUCAGCUGUAUAGACAAGGCCUCUGUGAAAGGCAAGGUCACAGAAACAUUCAGUGACAUAUAGGCAAACUUUUAGCAGUUUUUCAUCUUCACUUCUAUAUUCUCCUUUUGCUGUGAAGGUACCUACAGUUAGCAUUGCUUGUCUCUUCCCACACCAGGAGCACCUCUUAUUUUCAGACAAGUUUCUGCUCUCUUCAUGUGCGGCACAGGACGCAUGGAAAGUGUUGAAUUGGCAGCUUAAUCAUAGUAAAAAAAUGUUUCCUCUACUUCAGGAGAAGAUGCCGCUGGCAGUGGUCGGCAGCAACGUGGUUGUUGAAGUGAAUGGAAAGAAGGUCAGAGGUCGUCAGUACCCCUGGGGUGUGGCAGAAGGUAGGUUCACUAGAAGUCACUGCCAGAAGGGCCAAAUAGAAAGUGAACUGGAAUAAGAGUGUCAAUACUUUCAAAUGUCAACUCUUUUUUUGUUCAAGAAAGACAUUUAAUAUACAGAAUGUAGUCAUUCAAUGUAUACCAGUGUUGUUUUCGUUGACGAUGAUGAUGACGUUGACGAAAUGCCCCUUUUUUUCCAUGACAAAGACGUGACGUUGAUGAGUUAAACAUAAGUCUUAGAUGACUAAAAUGUGACGAGACGAAUGUGCGUUUACGAGACGAGACGAAAACAUUAGUGGUGGACGACGAACAGAGUUGCAAAGUUCGUGAGCAUUUCGUCUGUCAAACGCUAAACAUAUAUUCUGCGGUGUUGUUUCGUUGACAAUGACGUUGAGGAAAUAUUUUCGUCAACGUCAUCGUCAACGAAAACAACACUGAUGUAGACACAGUAUGAUUGGAGAAUAUUCAGUCGUCACAGUAUUUUCUCUAUCAGUGAUACAGGAUUUUUCUGAGAGUAUGAAAUACCGUGCAUGUUCUCUGUGUCCAAGAAUGUAUGGACUUCCAGAUAAUUUGAUGACUUGUCAAAACAAGUGUUUGUCUUCACACAUCAGUUAUCAGUGAAAAGGAUAAUACAUGGGGUGUGGGUAAUAAUGGAAACACAAAAUGGAAACAAACGUUUUUCCAUGUUUUUCCAUAUGACAGUAAUAGAAACAAACAUUUGUGCCUCAGCGUCGUCAAGCGGGAGUAAAAUGUUUCGGGACUCUUUUCUUCUUAUUCAGAAUUAGCCACUGUCAAGGGGUUUUGGCCAAUCAGAAUCAACCAUACGACAUAGCGGGUUGAUUACUAAGAAAGUUGGGUACUAAUAUCGAAUCAUAUUAGCCAUGUGUGAACCAUUUUGUUCAUGCUUUUCAUCCGCAGUUGUGAAAGCGUGACAUAUCACUGAAGACAUUUCUACUUUUUGACAAGUAUGAAGUUAUCUGGCAGUUUUUACAGUAUUGCCAUAUACACUUAUCUGUCUUCGCCAACACGCAAACAAGCCUACAUGCACAGAGUCCUCGGGGUGGUGUUCGUCUUGACCCUGACAGGGAUUCUGGAAAAGGCCCCAUCUCAUUCUCCGUACACAGUGUUCCCGUCUUUUCUAGUUUUGCGUUUUUUCUUUUCUCAGCCCUGCACCAAUAUUGUGUAAAGAGCAAAUGUGUGCAGAUUGGAUUUUUAAGUACUUAGGCGCAUCGUAGUGGCACUACUAUCCUGAGGUAUCUGAGAGGGAUUUUGCCUCCUGAUGGACAAACCUGUUCCUAGGUCGACUGCACAGUAUUUCAUGCGAUCUAAAAGUAUGCAUAUAUGGUCUCCUGACAGAUCUCUUGACAUCUGUUUAAUGCUUUCCCCAUUCUGGGCCCUUCUGGUGCUGCAAGAAUAUAAGGACACACCCACCACUACCUUCUCACAUGCAUUGUCCAUCUUAGGGAGCCUUGGGGGGGGUUCCUGCUGCUCCCAUUGAUGGUAUUUUUACAGGCUUUUUCUUCACACUGCAAGAAGAUCGACCAACUCAGCAUAAUAAAUCCUUUCUCCACCUUGCUAAAUCGAGCAUAUACGGUAAUCUAGUAUAAACGGUAAUGUACCUGUUGUAGGCAGACCAAAGCUUUUAUAAGGGAAUGAGAGAUUGAACGACGCUGAUUAUUUUCAAACACGAUUAUGCACCAUUUAACCAGCAGAGGUGACACUGGAAACAUCCUAAAUGCACUUUGACCAUCCACUUCAGACCACUAUCACAGCAAGCACAGUCUGACCCAGCAAUCAUCAGACACCGCCACACUGUUAUUGCUCUUCUGGUGUGUUACUUUUCUUUUGAAUUUCUCUGAAAGAUGAUAUACUGUACUAUAAAUAUAUCUAUUAUUAAAUAAUAAACCUUUGUUUUUCUGUGGUUGACCGUUAAUCAGUCUUUCACUUUUCAUUCUUUCUUUUCUCUCUUUUUUUCUUUUUUUCUUUGUCUGUUCUUUUCCAUGACUGACAGAGGGCAUUUUUGGUAAACAAAACCAUCUUUCACUUGAUUUGAAGCUCAUCCCCCUCCCCCCCUACUGCUCCUCCUCCCUCAGAGUGUUCCCCAAACUCUCCAGCCUUCCGUUCCUUCCACUUUUCUGUUGCUGUCCUUUCUCAUCAUUAGGCUGAUGGUCAAACCAAUGCUCUAAUCAGACUUGGGCUGAAUAUUAAUAAAAAAAAAAUUUCUAGGUACUGAAAAGCACCAUUCACUAACAAGAGUGUGUACUCAUUAAAAUGCCAACAUUUAGACUGACAUCAAACUGAGCUCUCACACCAAAGUCAUUCAUGUGUUUUCAGUAGAUCAUUGGGCCCAGCGCUCCUUCAUGACACAGAGAAAACACUGAACUGUUUGAGCCUAUGCAGUAGACAGUGUUUAAGGAUGAUGUCAUGUAAAAGCACUACCAUACAAACCUGUCUCCCUAAAGAACACAAAACAUAUAGAACCAAACAUGAUCCCAGUUUUCAUUAUUGUUAUCUUUAAAAUUUAGUCCAAUCUUUAGAGCUACUGAACAAUUUUUGUCCACGCUUUUUGUUUGCAACCACUGACUGUAAAAAAACAAAUAAACAGCUGCCUGAUUGACGUCACAUUGUUUCCGCCAAACAAAACACAAAUUUAACUGACUGGUAAUGUCUUGUUUCCCAGAGAUGAAUGUCUCAGUGUCAAAGAUCCCAGAAGUGGGGACAGUUUAUAGCCAAACAGAUUCUUGGGUUUAUUUGACGCAGACACUCAGGGCUUUCACUCACCAUCCCUGUGCUACACUGCAAGAGCCUGCAAUUGGCAAAGUAUCUGUCAAUUCAUGUUUUUUUUUUUUUAUUAUCAUUAAAAACUAAUCAAACAAAUGAACACUUGGGCUUCAAUUAGUAUGACAUGAGAAAUCUUCAGAAACAGAAACCAUUUUUAGCUCCUAUUUUGAAAGAUGUUUCUCCAGAUGUCAGAGUGAAGGCGGGGUUAAUGGUCUUUUCUGUGACAAGUCAGCAGGGGGUGCCCGAACUCUUGGCGUCAAAGCCAAUGCACACUCAUGGCGUCCAUUUUUAAUGUACAGUCUGUGGUUGCAACCCAACAUCAAAAGACUAUGUAUCCAAACUUCUAUCUUUAGGAAUAUUUUAACAUUCUCUGUUUUCUUAUUGUCAACGAGGCACAAAGGCCAGUGAUCUACAAGGUUGACACAAGAAUGAUUAUUUUGAUAUCCAGCAAGACAACCCAUGGAAACCUCACCAGGAGUUCUGGAAAGUACCAGUUUAUUACAGCCUGGGUUUUGUUUUGAUAAAUUUGUUGCCGUCUGUCUGUUAGGUCAUCCUUGAAACACAUUGCAGUGAUCGUGGUACAAGUUGACCGCGCCAUCUGCAGAAAAAAACAUUCACACAAGGAUAAAGUAGACAUGUUCAUGCACUCUUUGUUUAUUGCCCUCAAAGAGUUUUGUUUGGAAAAUCAUGAAACUGUACUACGGUUGAAAUGUUCAAUCAAAAUAUUUGCGUCCUUCAAGAUUUUUGCAUCGACAUCACCAGCACUCUGUGUUUCAGAAAAGUUGGGACAGGGUCAUGUUUGACAUUGUAUUGCAUCACCUCUUCUUUUAAGAACACUUUUGUUCAGAUUUUUCAAUAUUGAUGGCAGCUUUCCAGGUUUGCUACCCAUGUCAUGGGAACGUCUGCGUCCCCAUACAGUCACAGAUUCUGGUUUUGAAGUGUGCGCUUACAGCAAGCAGACGUUAUGAAUGUUAAGUUUUGAUUUAUCAGACCACGGGACAGUUUUCUACUCCCCCUUUAGUCCGUCUUAUACAGGCUCAGUCCCGGGAAAGUCAGCAGCAUUUUUAGAAUAUGUUCAUAUCUGGUCUCCUCUUAGCAUGGUACAGUUUUUACCUGCAUUUGUGAUUGCAGCGUGUAACUGUUCACAGACUAUGUUUUUUGGAAACAAUUCGGAGUCUAUGCUGAGGUUUCCACUCAAGAGUCAUGUCUAAUUUUGUUGCAGUGCUGCCUAAGGGCCUGGGGGGUCAUGGCUACAUGAUAUUGAUUUUCGGCCUUUGUACCUUUUGCCAAGCAAUUCUUCAGAAUUUUGAGUCUUUUAAUGACAUUAUUCACUCUAGAUGAUGAUGUCCUCCAAUUCUUGGCAAUGUCAUGCAGAGAAACAUUAUUCUGAAACUGUUCGACUGUUUCUGCUCACACGCUCACAGAGUGGUGAACCUCUUCUGAUCUUCUCUCCUGAGAGACUUUUCUUCAGUUUCUUUUUUAGACCCUGUCAUGUUACAGACUUGCUGCAAAUUUACCUAAUUUGUUGGGAAAUGUUUCAUCAGGGAACCUUUUUUUUAGCAUCACUUCACUUUUUCUGUGUUUUGAGGUCCCUGUCUCAACUUUUUUGAAACACAUUGCUGGCAUCAGAUCUAAUGAAAUGUUGUUUUUACACAGUCAUCAAUUAAAUGUAGAGUUUGAAAGAUUUGCAAACCAUCAAAAUGUGUGCUAUCAACAUUUUACACAGCAUGCAUUUUUUUAUUGCAGUUGUACAAAGAAGCCACGGUUGUAAUAAACAGAAUAAAUCCUGCGAGGUGCUGAGGUUUAAUUAAAGACAUGAUACAAGUUACAAAUCCUUCUAAUCUGGGCUUCAAAGCUCUCACAUACCCACUUGUUUAGUCCCAGGUCUGAUUCUGUGAAUAGUCAUGGAGAAAUCUAGAGGCUGUUUGGUGCUGAAGCUACUUUUGCAAAUACAACAUGUCACUCUAAUACUGUCGAUCCCUUCUUUGCUCCAAUGGUAUCACUAACAGAAGCACUCCUGAUUCACAGCCCUGCUUCAUCACAGGCUGUUUCUCUCCUCACUUUGAGUUAGUCAUGAUGAUGCCAGGGUGUGAACAGAAUGCAGGACCAGUUUUAUCACUGGACCAAGGAGUGGGAUCUGUUAUCCUAAUGCAUUGCUUACAGGUUCAGUAUAGGUCCAUACGCAUUUAACGGAUAGUGUCUUCUAAAUGGGCAUGUAGCAGCUUACUUGACUCAUCUAGGUAACAUGGCUUGGUAUCAUGAUCUCUCACUCAUUAGCUUACAUGGAAUUUUAACAUUAAGAUAUGCUGAUGGCUAAACAUCCUGCGCAAACACACACACACACACACACACACACACUUGUGCAUGUUUCAAAUACACAGCUAUGUGCUUUAACUCCAUUAUAUCGAUAAACUGUAGCUCAUCAUCAUGGCCUAAAAACACACUGCCUAUAGAAAUAACACUCGGGCUCAAAACACCUGAUGGACUGAGAUCAUUUUUCACGAAAGUGUUUGAUUGAAGAAUGAAAACUUUCAAAGAACUUCAAUGAAUAACAACUCUGAGGACACAUCAGGUGUUUUCUGCCGGUCAUCAACAAAUAAGAUCAGCAAACUAUCAAGCGCUCCUUUUUUUUACCCUGAUGAUCCUUGACCCGAUUUAGCUUCUCCACUUAUUCCCUCAUAAAGACUCGUCCCCCCUGGCUGCAUAGAUCCCAAAAAACAAACCCCUUUCCCUCCAAUCACCACACUCCCUUUACAAGCCAAUCAGCUUGGACACAUGCAGGUUAUGGUGUUGAUCCGGGCCAAAUCUGGGCUGAAUCUGGGCCAAACAUAGGCUGAUUCUGGGCUCGAACCAGGCCAAGUCUAAGGCAAAAUAAACCCAGCUGCUCCAGACCCAGAUUUAGCCCCCCGCUGGGCGCAGACAGUAACUGAAAAACCGUACCCCUCCCCUCCGUCAGAGCUCCCCCCUCUAGAAGAGCCAGGAGGUCAAUGGCUGGCUUUGGAGGCAGAGGGACGGGGCUGCUUAAGUUUCAUCAAUGGUAAGGUGUCCUCCUUUUACGUUCCCCUGAUGAUGAUUGACUGCCAGUGGGGUGGAGGCUAACCAAUAAGGAGCAGCGUAUUUGAUGAAGAGGAGGCUGCAGAUCCAUCACACACAUCCUGAGCGGCAAAUUAUCUGCAGUCCUUUUCCAGAAUCCCCUCUAAUCACAAAACCAUGUCUUUUUUUAUGUUUGUUGAAAUGAAUUAUGUCAAUAAUCAAUAAGUUUACCAGUGUUACAAAAAAAGUUACAUGUUGUCUGUCCAAGGAUUCUUGUUUGUUCUAACAAAGUGGCCGUGGUCAGAUAGGAGACCUUUGUUCACUCAGCUGUGAGCUCUACAACAAAGAAGACCCCUUUGCUAAACAGACAUUUUACAUGGGCUAAUCAUAAACACAAUCAAUGUACAGAUGAAAAUAGAUGAUGAACUGUGCAGGGCAACCCUGAACUUGAGUAAACUCCUGUUUUUUAUAUAUUGUCUGGCAUUGAAGUUAUCAAAAAAUACACAAAAUUUGUGUGAAGCUGAUUGACCUGAUUUUCUGUGAUUUAAUACAUUAUGACCAUUUUAAUGUAGGUUUUUAUUCCUACCAGGGAAUGAUUUGGGUGUUAUACAUCUGUAGGAGGUAUAAAAAUGGGUGCUAAUUCCCUUACAGUCAGCAGGUGAGCAGUGAGAGGGGCACAGCGAUGGUUACAAAAUGUGAGAAAGAUCACACACGAUAAAACAUUUAUCAUAGCCUGGUGUUGUUUGAUAUGAAACAUAGCUUACCUGCAGCCAGUCAACAAGUGUCCAGCUCACACCAGCAGUCUAAGCACCCAAAUGGGCUAAUCUGUUAAUAUGGACACCAAAUAUCAAGUCAUUCCAAGGCCAUCAAGCUGCCAGCAUUGAGCAUCACGAUAGGGUAGCGUAGAGUUAAUAGAAAGAUCAGGGUUUACUGUACCAAAGCAUACUGCACUGUACCAAACCCAGUGGAAAUGCACCAAUCGACUUCUCUCACUAAAAAGAAGGGAAUGUAGCUGAUGUCAGGUCAAACAGGUUGUGGAUUCUGUUUCUAAUGUAAGGAGUCUGGCAGUUCGGCAUAGUCAUGAAAAGAUGAGCUGACCUGUUUUAGAUGGAGAUGAAUAUUAGGAGUCCGCUAACACUAAAGAAUCAACUGAUGGUAGUUCCCCCUGAGUUAAAAAGGUUAACCUUGAGCUCAUAGCCUCACUGUCAUUAAGGUUGGAGGAAAAUUUGACAUGCACACGAUUGCAAUGAAACAUCUUUUUUGUUUAAAUUAUUGAAGUUAUAUUGCAGAGUUUUUGCACAGCUUUGUUUUUGUAGAGAGGAGUUGCAAAGUUAGUUUGUGACUGGAGACUAAACCUGAAUGAAAACAGACUGAGAGCCAUGUUUGGGGUGUUAGAACAGUCCUAUGUGAUCAUGGCCUGAUGUCCUUUGUCCUUUUUGUUUUCUGUUGAUAGUCUACCACCACUAAAACUGUACAAUGUCACUUAAAACAAUCCAAUUUCUUUUCUCGUCACACACCCCUUCCCCUGUAACUGAUGAUUGCUGGAACUUGACAGUCUGUUUUUUGUUUUUUUUUUGUUUUUUUACUUUUAAAAGACUACUGAAUUCAUUUUAACUUGCUGUUGUUUUACCUGUUUUUUAUUUUAUGUAUUAUCACUAAAAUGUUUGGUCAUGUAAAUAACAGAAUACAGAUUUGUUAACUGUACUCACACAAUUGUACUAAGAUGUUUUACUGAUCAGACUGCCCCUAAGUGCAAUCAUAAAGCUGCUGUUGAGUUACAGACCAAUUACAUUUGAUUCUGUUGCAGCUUGUUAGCAUCCAUCCAUCAGGCUUUAUAAGCGAAUAUGCCUCAUUCCUGCAGUGUAAUUUCUUUGUUUCCCUUUAGACCACAUGUGAUUUCUGUGAUUGGCAUUGUAAGAUGUGUGGAUGUGUAUUAAUUUUGAUGUGUCCCUCUUUCUUUCUCUCUCUCUCUCCUUCUCUGUUUGUCUCUCUCCCUCUGUGUUUCAGUGGAGAAUGGGGAACACUGCGACUUCACUGUGCUGCGCAACAUGCUGAUCAGGUAAACAAAUCAAACUCCUUAUCACUGUGUGAAAGCGAUCCGAAUUUUUAAACAGCUCAAUCACUUGGAGGAAAACAUCAAGAAGAAAUAAAGACACGCUCAAAUGUUUCAAAAGUAAUGGUUAAACUAUUAAAUCAUUAUGUAGCAAAUCAUUAUGUCAUUUUAGGAUUGGCUGGUGUUGUAUACCUUCAGGUUUUUCUCUUUUUUUUUCUUCUUAUAAAUGGUGUACUGGUGAAUUCUGUAAUAUCUCUUGUUAAAGAACUCUUCCCAGUCCCUGAAUUCAUGUCAAAUGUAAAAGUGAAGGUCAUUCAAAGUUAAAUUCUUCCUUUGUUACUCUUGAUUUAAUUUAUUGUUCUGUCCAGUCUGAAUUCCUUUGGGCUUUCAGUAACAGAUUUGAUGUUUCUCUUCACCACCUUCUGUAGGACCCAUAUGCAGGAUUUAAAAGACGUCACCAACAACGUGCACUAUGAGAACUAUCGUAGUAAGAAACUGGCUGCUGUCACCUGUAAUGGAGUGGACAUAACCAAGACCAAGGGGCAGCUCACUAAGUAAGACAGCCUAACAAUGUUUUGUGCGUGUUUGUGUGUAUGUUUUGCUUUGUUUGUGUUCAUGUAAAAACUUCAAUGAACGUCAACAAAUGUUGUUUCUUUGUCGUGGUCAUCAGGAGUCCCCUGGCACAGAUGGAGGAGGAGCGCAGGGAGCAUGUGAUGAAGAUGAAAAAAAUGGAGGCAGAAAUGGAGCAAGUCUUUGAAAUGAAGGUGAAGGAGAAGAAGCAGAAACUGAAGGACUCGGAGGCUGAGGUGGGUUGAUGAAUUUGCCCGUGUGUCUCAGAGAGAGGUUAAUUUUCAGUUAAAUGUGAAUAGAACUGCACAGAAAAUAGAAAUAAAGCACAUGUAUAAUAAUGCAGGGAAAGGUCAGAGUGAUUGAAGAGCAGGUGUGUGCCUCAUCUGCAGUAAAAGAAAUGAAAUCUUGUACAAAAUAAUUCCAUGCGUUUUCACCUCUUUGUGUGUUUGAGAGCGAAUUUUAUCUGUUGUUUUCACCCUCAGCUGGAACGACGCCACGAACAAAUGCAAAGGAACUUGGAGGCGCAGUACAAAGAGCUGGAGGAGAAAAGACGAGUGUUUGAGAACGAGAAGGUCGACUGGGAGGCUCAGCAGAGAAUCCUCGAGCAGCAGAAACUGGACGCCUCCAAGUAAGAAUAGAAUAGAAUAGAAUAGAAUAUUCCUUUAUUGAUCCCCCAUGGGGGAAAUUUUUUUGUCACAGCAGCAUCACAGACAAGACAGAAAGUGCAAAAUGCAGUUAUAACAAUAAGGGUCCUAAUAUUAAGAACUUAAUAAAUGUAAUAAUUAAGAAAAAAAAAAAAAAAUUACGCCUCCAAGUAAGUAAUCAUUUAAAAAGCUUACUCAUGGAAAAAUAGGAGUGAGAUGACAUGCUCACACCUACUGUCCGAAUAAUCUACAGCUUCAGCUCAAAAUAUUAGAAUAUCCCCCCAAAAAAACUCAAAUUUUUCUUGUGAUUUAAUUCAGAUUGUGAAAAUUCCAUAAAGAACAGAUUCAUCACACAAAAAGUGAAAUAUUUUAAGCCUUUUUUGUUUGAAUCUUGGUGAUAACGGGGUAUAGGAUCCAGUUUGCUGUGAAAACAGAAACAAGAUCAGGGUUUACUGUACUGUACUGUACUUUGCAGGACCAAACUGGACCCCUUGGUGGAAAAUUGAGCUAGUCACUAUGCUCAAAGUCACUAUUAGCUAGGCUAGUAUACAACACUAGGUCCUAAAUAGUAGGUGUAAGAUUGAUGAAAAUGUCGUCGUGACAAAGGAGACAGUACUUUCGGAUUAAUUCUUCCGGGGAUAUUUACCCUCAUCCCUAUUUAGAAGUCUUACAGUGGUACUUUCAUGUUUAUUAAAAAUACUAUCAAGUCAUUUUUCAACUUCUCUUCCUCACAGGACAAUGGAGAAGAACAAGAAGAAAGGAAAAAUCUUUUGAAGAGAGAAAGGAGCUCCUUCAGUUUUAUAUAAGCUUGUUUUUCCUUCAUCCUUCUUGAAGUUCACAUCUACUGUGGUCCUCCUAAUAAACACAAAUGAGCGGAUAUAACGGAUUUAUUGCACAGUGCUCCUCUGAGAUAGGUUUAACAUUCACCCAUGGGACAUGAACAUCAGUUACACUCCCACAGACAUUUAAAUACCCACAUGCUCAUCUCUCUGCAUCUGUUGAAAUCUCUCUCUGUCCCUGGGGAAUGCAUGUUUUUGUGAAAUUCUAUUUUCCUAUACUUCCUGACAAAGAGGAAAAGCUCGAGUUCCUCUGAGCUAGUAUGGCAGGGAUCAUACAAAGCCAUUUGUACACAUGUAGUAGUUAUUGUAUGUUCUCUACAUAUUCCAUAGAUAUGCAGGUAGAUAUUCUUUCCCUCUCCUCAAUGCUCUUUUUCUUUUACUGUUCUCAGAAACGUAACACACGUGGAUACACUUAAAACACUCAGUCACUAAAAUCUUGAUGAGAGUGUAUUGGAAGAGUGGGGAGUGUAUGUGAGUGAUGAUGUUGGAUCAGGCCACACCUGAAGAGGCACGGGUCAAAUGGAAAUGAGGCCCACUCGCACUGCAAAAAAUGGCACUAGAAACUUAAUAGAUAAAGUUGUUAUGCUAAAUGGGAACAUGCUGGUCAUAGCUACUCACAGUAACUUCUUCAACUCCACUUUAUUUUGUAGUUUGAAAUAUUAUUUUAAGAAAGUGCUGGGGAAAAAAAGUCAGACUUGGAGCUUGCUUGAUGCUUGCUGGUCAUUUAGGUCUGUGAGUGGUACAUGCAUAGACUGUAUAUAGAAUGGACAGAGUCUGCCUCCUUGCUGGGUGAAGCCACUCCGAGAACAGUCCCCGCCAGCAAAGCUUAUGGGGCUGUGGACAAACUUUAGAAAUUUAUUAACAUAAUUUUUUUUCCCCCCUGCUUGCGAUGUUGACAUGCAGUUACUGUCCGACUGGUUUGUGUUCAAGUCCUCUUUUCUCUGUGAAGCUCCGUUUUUAAAAGUUGUAAGGGGGUUCAUGUUUUCUAUGAUUGACACUUGAUACAGCCUAUUGGCGUUCAGGGUUGCAUAGCUCACCCAGGGGAUACACUGUUUGAGCCGAGCGUCAUCACAGCGACUCUCGGCGACUCUCCUGCCGAAUGCGCACAACACUACUGCGCAGCACUGGUUUCAGGAAAUGAAGAAAAAUCCUGGAAAUACCGAGAGCUUUUUAGCUUCAAAACCGUAUACAGGUGGGCGACGGAACCAAGUUGUCCAUAGUAUAUACAGUCUAUGGGUACAAAUAAGUUAUUUAAUGAAAAUAUGAAGUACCCUGUGUCUUGAUUUAUUUUCUUCUGUAGUACGAUUGCUUUCGCAAAUACUGAAUAAAUCAAGUUUGUGAACAGAAUAGAGUUUUUAAAAAACAUAAUUAGAUCACUCACAAAACGUUUUUUCCUGAUCUAAAAAUGUGUACAGUUGGCUCAUGUCUCAUUACUUCUUGCACAGUAAAUUGGCUAAAAUAGCUUCCUCUCUUUCAGACUGGUGUGUUCCCUCUCUAGUCAGUAUUUUCAAGGCAGCUUCCUAUACAUGAGUGUAAAUUUGUGCUUCAUAUUUUUUCAUGAAAACAACACUCUUACAAAAUAACUCUGCCAUUUAAGGUAGUGGUGGGGUGAGUGGGCUUCAUCACAGGAUUGUGCCUCAGUGCAGUAACAGGUGUGAUGUGUGGGUGUUUAAGCAAGUGAUGUUCAUAAAUGUUUUGUUCAAGGUCAGAGAUGCUGCAUGUUGAGAGCCAGACAGAGGAAGACUGCUGAUAAAAUUCUCAUAUUUUUCGGUCGCAGGAAUUUCGUCAUUGCAGUGUUUUUCCUAUUUCAAAAGACAAUAUGCAAAGGCAUUAUUGGUGUGUACAACUCACAGGUUACAGUGAUUUUUAAAAGUAUUUUAUAUUGUGAUGUGAGUGAUGGAUGUUGUCAUGAAACCCUGAACCCUGCUGUCCAGCUUUUUGAGAGAUUUUUCUCUUUAGUGUGAGAAUCAGCCAAGGGGACAAUUCACCAAAUAGCUGAAAUAGUCCUUUAACCCUCUCUGAAGUUUGCCAAUUCAGCCAUAGCUUUGACUGUGACUUUACUCUAUAGUAUUACACACAAUGCUUCCACACAUGGCAACACAAUACCCCUCUGUAGUUCUCAGAACAUGUGAAGUCCAAAGUCAGAGGGCAUUGAGCUGCAACACUGUCAAACCUUUGAUAUACAUUUCCCAGAGUUGUCACGUUUUAUUUUCAUAUGAUAAUGAUAUUAACACUACUUUUAUGUACGGUUAAAAAACAGCUCAUUUUAUUCCCUGUAGUUUUCUGAGCAGAGUCAUAGAUUAGCCUGUUAUUUUGGUACAGCUCUUUAGGCUGCCUGCAAUUAAAGCAAGUCCUAAAGAGUCACAUCUUUCCCUGUCAGCACAUAAAAUAUUACUUAUAUGGAAAUGCAUAUAUUUUGUACAUACUGGAGGCUGCUUGGUGGCCUUUUUUUCUUUUGUCUUUUUUCAGAUUAUUUCAUGCCAGGUAAAAAAAAAAGAGAGAGAACCUGUUACAUUAAACAUGUCUUAAGAAUACAUGGAUGAAAUUCCAUUCCUUUAUAUACACACGUAUGUAUACUGUGUGCAUCUAUGCCAAUGAGUACAACUUCUCAGGACCACUCUGUUGUGUGAUAUUUUCUUUAGAGGUCCAGAGGAAAGUAUUACUAGUUUAAAGGAAAAAGAAGUGACUGAGUUGUUUCUUUGAAAUGAUUAUAAACCACUCACCCUUCCAACAACACCUAGUUAAGAUAGAUAAAAGUUUAGGUGUUUUUUGUAAUAAUUUCUUUUUAUAUGUUCACAGUUUUCUGCUUCUUUUCUUUGUUUUAUUAUGUGUUCUAUCUCUAACUGUACAUGGUUAAUAUUAAAGUUGACAAGGUUAUGCCUGAGCUCCAA